CUCCUUUUGGAAUUUAGUCAAUUCCCCUCCCAUACUCACGAAGUAGCGCGCUGAGACUUUUCCAGUUGAGUGAAGUAUGAGGGCUGGCUGCGUAAGGGAUCUGGCACGUCGGGGGUGACCAGAUGUUGGGAUGAAAUCACGACAGACGAGUGGUAGGUGUCAUAUGAGAGGCGUCUGCCGGGGCAGGCCCCGGGAACUCUCUUUUAUUGAAUAUUACAAACAUUGCCACAGGUGUGCUUGUGGCUGAUUGGUUGAUACAAACACAAAGCAUCUUGUUGCUGAUUGGUUAACAUAGGUACAAGGCGGGAAUUACAUACAACCAUUUAUCACUGAUAGAUCAAAGGAUGAGAAAUGGAGCUGGAACUAGACAGGCAUGAAACCUCCUAAUUAAAUUAUAACUAAAGAUUGAUAUUGAAAGAACAUAACAUGAAAGAAUACAACAAUCGCAUUCCGUAGAUGUGGUCAGCAAUGCAUUAAGAACAGGUCAGGAUACACUGUUUCAUGAACUCAAUGGGAACUGUUCAGAACAUUCUCAGACUCUUGUGCAGAAGCAGAGAAAAGAUUAUGAGCGAGACUUCCCAGAAUGCAAGAGAAAAGAAGCAAUAGUUCUCAUAGUCCCAUAAUGCCACAGUUAUGUGCAGUAAGAGAACUGCAGAAAGAAAACUUCCCUUCACCCUCCCAGGUUGUUGGGCUCCAUCUGCCCCUCAUUUCCCAUGCUCAUACAUACAAUCAGAAUUACAGAGUUGGAAGGGACCGCAAGGCUCUUCUAGUCCAUCCCCUGCAAUACUGGAAUCUUGCCCAAUGCAUAGCUGUCAACUUACAGAUUUGAAAAUAAGGGACCAGCAGCCAAAAUAAGGGACCUUCAGCCUCACCUGUUCCAGGCACUCCAGUCUUCCUGCAGUCUGGUCAAACUCAUGCUGGUUAGCUUCGAGAACACUGUCCAGCCAACUUUGUAACCAGAGGUUCAACGGGCGGCAGGAAGGGAGGGAGAGGAGCUGCUUCCUUUGAAACCCGGGAAAUUUAAGGGACAUCAUCAAUAAGGGACAGCAGCGGGACACGGCGCUGGGAUAAGGGACUGUCCCUUCAAAUAAGGGACACUUGACAGCUAUAGCCCAAUGUGGGGCUUGAGCCCACGACCCUGAGAUUAAGAGCCUCAUGCUCUACCAACUGGGAGACUGCACCACGCUCAUAUGUUAGAAAUCAUGGCUUUUUGAAACUUGUUUAUAGACAUUUUGAUGAAUCCAAACGCCGGCUCAGGAUGAGCGGUUCUUGCCCAAUCCGCAAAAGCAGCAGGAAGGGGGCACGUUGGCGAGAGCCGAGCCCCUUUUGCGCGCGCCCCACCCGCCUGCAGCUCUGCCUCUCCCAGCCCCGGCGCCUCGGCCAAGGCAGCCUGCAACGUGGCCCCUCGCGCUUCUCCGCCCCGCCCGGCAGCCGUUGGCCCGCGGCGGCGCCAGCGCGCCCUUCUCCCGGGCCCCGCCUUCGAGUUCCUCGGCGCCCGUUACUGGUCGCCGGCGGCUGCGGGUCGAGCGAGGGGCGCCAUGGCGCUGCUUGGUCUGCUGCUGGCGCUGCGCAGCGUGUGCCUGCUUUCUGCGCUGGGUGAGCCUGCUGCGCCCCCGGGGGCCCCGCUCCUCCUCUGGCCUUUCUUCCUGGCUCCUCGGAGGGGCCGCUGCCGUUUUUCUCGGUAUCCAGGCGCCAUCCGUGCGCAUUGCCCGUCCCGCGGAGCCCGAGAGGGGACGAGAGGGCCGGGAAGCGCUGCGGUGGCCGAGCGGGGGUGCGGCCACGCUGCUGCCCCCUCUCCUGCUCUGCUCCCCGGGCCAGGCCUGACCCGGCGGCGGCGGAGCUGCGGCCCCGCACGAGCGCAGCUGCCGAGGAAGAAGCUGCUCCGGGGGCGGCGCCUCUUUGCUGCAGAAUGAGGCUGAGGGGCACGAAGGCCGCCUUCCUUGGCCCCUAAACUCCUCCCCUUGAAAAAGUCACAGCUACACUGCAAAUGUGUAGUUACAUACAUACGUACGGACGGACAUACAUUCAAAUCUGCCACCUUAGCUGUCAUGGCUCCAUGCCAUAUAUGCUGAAAAACGGUAAUUGGUUGAGGGGGCUGAAAAUUCUUGCAAAAUGAUUUCCCUCUAGUACCCACCCAGAGCUUAUCUAAGUGCACUGUAUUCACGGAUAAAUGGCUAUAGAAGCGUCUCUUCUGUCUAGGGUCUCAGCGAACAUUCCUCCAAGUGACUGUUCCUCAGAGGAUCCCAUCUUACGUCACUGGAAAUACGGUAUUGUGUUUGAUUAUGAAAAGUGUUCUACCUGACCUUUCAUUCCAGACUGCCCUGUCAAGGCUGUUUACUUUUAGGGUUGCCAUAUUUCAAAAAGUAAAAACCGGGACAUCCCGAAAGUUGUUGACCCCAAAAUUGUUGACCAUGAUUUUUCAUUUGACCUGCCUAAGAUCCAGGACAAAGCACCACCUUUCGGAAAUUCCCCCUGGAUAACAAUUUCGCCUUUGAAAUCUUGGUAAUGUCUGGGAAAUUCUGGAUGUAUGGCAGCCCUAAAGUAAAAGGUUUUUUUUUUAAAAAAAAAAUGCUAACUUUUAAAACCAACAAUGUUAAUUUGAGCAGCAGCAGACAAGUUGGUUUGCACGAGGCAGUUAGUGAAGCUAUGGCUUACUGAGACUGCGCAAACGUGUAGAGUUCCUGGAGAACUUUGCCCCAUCCUGGUCCUUUUUACUGCCACAUUGUGCAGAACUAAGCCAACUCCCACAUCAUCCCAUAGAGAUAAAUGCUUCUGUUUGGGGAAGCGGGGGAGGGCAAGAAAAAAGUUCCCCCACUAAUGUGAACAAGGUUCCUCUUGCAGGUAGCCUAGAGACAGGAACAGGAGCACUCCUCUUAGGGGGUGGACAUAUGCUGCAACAUUUUGCUGUGGAUCCCAUUUGUAGCAUUGUAAAGCGCUGCAUGGGAACCACUGUUCUAAUCCCACUUCCAACUAAAGCCAUUAUUACUAUUAUUAAUUUAAAUUUCUGUACUGAGCUUCAUGAUUGAAAUGACUCUGGCUUGCAGUGGCCACAAGCCAUUUGUUAAAAUCUGUUCUUCAUCUGUACUACUUUUUACCAUCUGUACCAUGUGGAGUGUGCACAAAUUCUUUGCAUAGGCUGGAGUUUCAUGUGUAAACAAAAUAAAAACUAUAGCAUGAUUAACCCUUUGGCUAUUGCAGGAAAGGAUGACCUUUGAUAUUGAUAUAAAUGGAAAGCCAUAUAUCAUUCAUCUGAAGCAACAGUGAGUAGAAUAAAUAACUGGGAUUUGCCCCCCAUUCUAUAAGACAUUGCAAUCUUGUUUAAUAAAUCCUGGUAGUGUCUAGAAAGAUUUCCUAGAAAGCUUUUCUGAGGAAGAGAGGGGACAAAGCACUCAGCUAUCCUCUGUAAAGAAAACAAGCUUACUUUCAGAAGUAAAUCUUAAUAGCCUCCUAGGCUGCCAAUUUGAAUAAAAUAUGGGGUGCAGGUAAGCCCCGCCCUGAAUAAUUGAUCACAUGAUGCAGCACACACAGACCAUUUGAAUGACAAUGCCUAUCAACUUGUGGGACCUUGGCCCCUAGGAGUUGGCUCCUUUGUAGCCUCCUGGGAAAACCUUCUUGCAUUUAAAAUGUGCCCACAAAGGUACCUCUGCCAGCCAGUGCACGGAAUUGCUGAGAAGGUAAAAUAUUGUAACAGAAGGGGAGGCGCACCCCUUAUAAAGGCCCAAGGACCUCAUUCCAUAGAGGGCAGCUUUUCUGGAGCUGCAUGCCAGUGGGGUGGGGGUGGCAGGUCCAGCGACAAAUAAUGGGUGCACCCUUGUGUGGCAGACGUGCCAGCCAUGCAAAAUUCAAAGGUUUAUACACCUGCCCCCGCCCCACCACCUUCAUCCAGGCAAGCAAGAGGUAUGAUAACAGUUCCAUAACACAUUCCAGCCAUGCAGAAGCACUUUGGGAGGCUAAGAUGCCUUUUCUUAAAUGUUGCCAAGAGCCGCCACCCAAAAAGGCCUUGCGGGCUCCAUAUGCACAUCAUGGAACUCCUUGCGCUGAUGGUACACAUUAGUUGGAUACUGCUCUGAGUCACUGUCACAUAUCAGGACAUGACAGCAGGCACUGUUGUAACUUUCUGGACCAUUUCUCCCUCCUUCCCUCUUUUCCGUGCCACCUUUGUGUAUUUUUUAUGCUUUGUUUUUAGAUCCUUUUUAACCAAUGAUUUCAGAGUUUAUACGUAUAGCCAUGGAGGGUCAGCAGUGUCUUUUGUUCCUCCCAUUCAGGUAAGAUUCUCUCAGGUGUAGGAAACAGGUUUUUCUUUGAGUGGCUAUCGUUCGAGCUACAUUAGACCUGCCAAUCAAUUUUUUAAAAUAGAUUAACUAUAGUAGUUUUAACUGAUUAGUUGAAAUAUAUAUGUUGAUAAUAAUUAAGAAGGCAGGGAAUUUUCGAAGCACGCAUCAAACAAAAACAGACAUCCUUACACCGAGUGUGCCACACAUUAGCGUAGCUGGGGGUGGGAAGGAUCACGGCAGUUGUUGGUCAUUUCAGGUGCUGCAGGGUGGCACCUGAAAUUGGCGGCUGGUUGCCCUAAACGAAGCUCAACACCUUUGGCCUGCUCCUGCACUGGUGGGGGGUGUUAGGCCGCUGGUGCCACUUGUGCACCUUGUUUCACCACCAGCAGCAGAGGAUUGGCCCAUCGCACAAAUUCAUAUGCGGGUUCCAGUGCAUCCAUGGUUAGGCAAUAUGCAGUGGAGAAACAAGCCUAGAUACCCCACUCUCUGUGGUGCUGCUGGAGCAGCUUUCAAUGGACUGUCCACGUGAGCAUCAACCCUGACUGUGACCAGAAGGGAAACUGCAGUUGGUCAGCCCAAGAGGAAAGGUGAGUAACUGCAUAGUUUGGUUUUAGGUAACAACCCGAAAUUUAGCCUGUUAACCUCUCAUUUGAAUUGUGUGCUCUAGGAUUGGAUUUCAUAUAGCAGUGUAUGUAUUUCACUUUUGAGUUGCCCCCUGGUAGUAGGUAAAGUGUUCUGAUUACUCUUUCUAGCGCAAUUGCUACUAUCAAGGCUACAUUGAAGGCUAUACUGAUUCCAUUGUGAUGCUCAGCACCUGCCUUGGGCUUAGGUGAGACCUAUGUGUUAUUCUUGAACAGAACCCUUUGUUCCUCAGUCCCAAGUUCAGCUGCCUGCAGAGCACUCCAGGGCUUUGAGCAAGGAUAACCCCACUGAAAUUUGACAUCCUGCUUAAUAAGCCAGAGUGGCAAAGUAUAACUAGGCAUGGAUGAAUCAGCCUCUUCACAAACACACACAUGGUAAAAGUCAAGGUAUAAAUUGAACUCCCUUUUAUAACUGACAUUUAACUAACAUAUAUCAGCAUUUUCUACUCACCAGUUACAUGCAGUCUCAAGUAUAUAUUUCCCAAAUAGCUUCUCUGAACACACACUGAGGAUCUGUUCAUUUUAUAUGGAUUGCCAUAACAUGCACACCUGAUACAACAAAAUAGUCGGGUGUUCUAGUCAGUAAAGGUAAAGGGAACCCUGACCGUUAAGUCCAGUUGCAAACGACUCUGGGGUUGCGGUGCUCAUCUCACUUUGCUGACCGAGGGAGCUGGCGUUUUGUCCGUGGACAGCUUCCGGGUCUUGUGGCCAGCAUGACUAAGCUGCUUCUGGCGAAACCAGGGCAGCGAACGGAAACACUGUUUACCUUCCUACCGGAGCGGUACCUAUUUAUCUACUUGAACUUUUACAUGCUUUCGAACUGCUAGGUGGGCAGGAGCUGGGACUGAACAACGGGAGCUCACCCUGUCGCAGGGAUUCGAACUGCCAACCUUCUGAUUGGCAAGCCCUGGGCUCUGUGGUUUUUGUUUAGUACUCAGGGAAAAGGCUGUCUUUUUCAGUUUUCUUUCAAAUGGGAUUAUUUCCAUCCCAUGUCAGCUUCUCCUAUGUUAGGGAUGGGCUAACCCCAGACUGUGUACCAGAUUUGGCCCACUAGGUCUUACUGUUUGGCCUAAACACCUUUCCCCAUGAACCAUGCCUAUGUGCUCCACGCUGAUGCCAUAUGUGGUAGGUCAUAUGUAGAAACAUAGUUGGAUUGGCUGCUCACACAGCCAGUCCCUGCAGAAAGUAGGAUUGAACUCCCUGCCCACCAGCUGAAGCAUUGCAUUGGACUGAAAUGGGAAUUUAGCUUUUGGCUACCGAGUCACGGUUUGCACCAUCAACAUUUUUUUGGGGUGGGGGGCUUCUUUUCCACCUUAUCUCCUCCUACCAGUGGGCUGUUGCAGUUUGAGAACAGCAGCUACGGAAUUGAGCCAGUUGAAUCUGCUUCUGGAUUUCAGCAUCUUGUUUAUCAGAUUGAAUAUGAAGAUGCAGAGCGUCCACUUUCUGAACAGAAUUAUUCCAUUAGAUGGAGUUCAGGAAUAACGCCAAGGGUAGAAUCAGGAAUACCAGUGAGUGCUUUUUUUUUCUUCAAAGAAAAUUGUGUGUAUAGAUCCAAAACAAAAUAGUAAUACGUGCACCUAUGCAUGUACAUGCUCCUUCCCUCCCUCCCUCCCUCCCUCCCUCCCCCCUCCCCUAAGCAGUAGGAGUUCCUGGGGGAAGCCUUUUCAAGGCCAGCUUUCUUUCGAUGAGAACUGUGCCCGCCCCAAGACUUCAGUGCUUGUAACUGUUUGUCCAUAUACAUGUGGAUGCAGAACAGAGGUGAGCCCACAGUCAACAGAGAAAGCAAUAUGGGCCUUAAGUAGCACCCUAAAAGCAACUGCAGGUCCCACAAGCCUGUUGCUUGAUUUGCCGCCACCCCCGUCAAUAGAGCUGUUCCUUUUCUGACCACCUAGAAAGCAUAUACUCUCUGGCAGAACACUGCUUUUCUUCUUCUCAGCUUUCACACUGACAGUUAUGAUGCCCUGCUGGCUCUCUGAGCAGCAGCUUCAUAGCUUAGCGUCUCCAGCAAGCUGUGUGUGAUGCUCACCUCUGCAGCCUAAUUCUGUGCAUGUUUCAUCAGAAGUAGGUACCACUGUUUUGACUGAGGUUAGUGUGCACAGGAUUGCAACCUUAAAGGGAGACUCCAAAAUCAAGAAAUAAAAAGGUGAAAAUGCUGUCCACAUCUAAGGAAGCCAGCAGAGUCCAGUGAAAAACAGCUCCAAAGGGCCUUGCUGAAGCAACAGAUAUUGUCUCUGCAGAGAGGUGGAGGCAACUAAAACCUUAUGAAAGCUGGCCCAAGUGCAGUUGGCUCUGCCUUGCUGGAGGAGCUGGUUGCCUGGCUGCUUAAUGGGCCCUUGGCUUAAUUAUGUGUCCGGCUCUGGCAGGUUGCAUAGAAAGGAAUGUGGCCUCGGUUUGAAAAACAUUCCCCAACCUUGUCUUAGGCCACAUUCACACCAUACAUUUAAAAUACUAUGAUACCAGUUUAAACAGUAAUGCCUUCUCUCAAAUAAUUCUUUUGAAUGAACAUGUUGAGAAUAGAGAAUCAGGCUAUUGGCCUUCCUAGCUGAGCCAUGAGAAAGCUGUGCUCCCCCACCAAAUGUUGGACUACAGUUCCUACUGGCCCCAGCCAGUAUGACCAAUGCCUGGGAACCCACCCCACAUUUCUCCAGGCUUUGAUGCAACCCCAAUCUGCCAGAUACUUCACCUACAUUUUGAAUUCUGAUUCAGCAGCAUUUAGAGUUCUACCUGUGAAUUUUUCAUGAUGUUAGUAUGAGUGCAGUAAUGGUAUGUUCUUUCUUGAAUUACAACAGGUUAACUUCAGCACCACGAGAUAUGUGGAAAUGCACAUAGUUGUGGCCAAGGGAUUGGUAGGUUUAUUUGAAGAACUCCCUGUUGCCCCCCCCCCCCCACUACGUACGUCACUUCAAGCUUUCAUUACAAGGUUUUCAGAAGUAUGUUCUUUCUUCAUAUACAAACAUAAGAGAAGACUCAUGGGGUCCAGCAUCCUGUUCCCAUGGUGGCCAACGAGAUGCCCAUGGGAAGCCUUCAAGCUUUUUAGUGUGACAAAAGCCUUCAAGCCUUUUAGUGUGACAAAACAUGGGCAAUUCCCAGCCUCCUAUGUCUGGCAGUGGAGGGGAAACAUCUUGAGUUCUAGGAUAAUGAGAGUAGGAGGAAAAGCUCUCUGCCCACUUUCUCCUAAUAAUAAUAAUAAUAAUAAUAAUAAUAAUAAUAAUAAUAACAACUACUAUUUAUAACCCACCCAUCCGGCCGGAUUUCCAAAAUGACUCCCACGCUGCUCACCUGGUCCUUCAGAAGCACAGUCACCCCAUUCAGGACCAGGGAGUCCUCCACACCCGCCUGCCCCCUGUCCCCCAAGAACAGUACAGUGGUACCUCGGGUUACAUACGCUUUGGGUUACAGACUCCGCUAACCCAGAAAUAGUGCUUCAGGUUAAGAACUUUGCUUCAGAAUGAGAACAGAAAUUGUGCUCUGGCAGUUCGGCAGCAGCAGGAGGCCCCAUUAGCUAAAGUGGUGCUUCAGGUUAAGAACAGUUUCAGGUUAAGAACGGACCUCCGGAACGAAUUAAGUACUUAACCGGAGGUACCACUGUACUUCUGUCUUGUCAGGAUUCAACCUCAAUCUGUUAGCCGCCAUCCAUCCUCCAACCGCCUCUAGGCACUCACACAGAACCUUAACCACCUUCACCAGUUCUGAUUUAAAGGAGAGGUAGAGCUGGGUAUCAUCCGCAUACUGAUGAACACUCAGCCCAAACCCCCUGAUGAUCUCUCGCAACAGCUUCAUAUAGAUAUUAAAAAGCAUGGGGGAGAACCCUGAGGCACCCCACAACUGAGAGCCCAGGGGUCUGAAUACUCAUCCCCCAAUACCACUUUCUGAACACAGCCCAGGAGGAAGGAGUGGAACCACUGUAUAACAGUGCCCCCAGCUCCCAGCCCCUCAAGAUGGUCCAGAAGGAUGUUAUGGUUGAUGUUUUCAAAGGCUGCUGAGAGAUCCAGCAGAACUAGGAAACAGCUUUCACCUUUCUCCCUAGCCCACCGGAGAUCAUCAACCAGUGUGACCAAGGCAGUUUCAGUCCCAUGAUGAGGCCUGAAUCUCGACUGGAAGGGAUCCAAAUGGUCCACAUCCCCCAACCAUGCCUGGAGUUAUUGAGCAACCACCUUGCUCAAUCACCUUGCCCAAGAAUGGAAGAUUUGAGACUGGGCAAUAGUUGGCCAUAUUGGCCAGGUCUAAAGAUGGUUUUUUAAGAAGCGGUUUAAUGACCGCCUCUUUCAGUGGAUCUGGGAAGGCUCCCUUACAGAAAAGCAUUCACCACCCUGCGGAGCCCAUCGCCCAGCCCUUCCUGGCUUGCUUUUAUAAGCCAGGAAGGGCAUGGAUCAAGGAGACACGUGGUCGGUUUCAGUUGUCCAAGCAGCCUGUCCACAUCCUCGGCGGUAACAGAUUGGAAUUGAUCUCAUGCAACUUGACUAGACAGAACUCUUAACACUCUCCCGCCCCGGCCCUGCUCCCAAGGUAGAGGCUACCUCUUUCUGAAUCUGAGCGACUAUCUGCAAAAAAAACUUUGCAAAAUCAUUGCAGGAGAUCUUGGGGCCCUUCCCGGGCCUCAAUGGUGAAAGUGGUUCCAUUAGAUUAUGAACCACCUGAAGGAGUCGCCUCCUGCUGUUUUCUGCAGAUGCAAUAGAGGCGGUGAAGAAGGUCCUUUUCGCCGUCACUAUCACCACUUGGUAGGCUCGACAUUGAGCUCUAACCUGUUUGUUUGGGAUUUUUUUAAAAAAUAACUUUUAUUAACAGGGCAAUCAAAUCACAUUAAUUCCAAAUCACAUCAAUUCCAAAUUACAUAGCCAAAUUUUUAAAUUUUUGUUGGGGGUACCCAUAUUUCAAGCUUCGAAUGGGAUCCAAAUAUCUCUCUUGCUGCUGCUUUGAUGACAUAGUUCUGACCAAAUAAUAGUCCCAGUUCUAUUCAAUCUUCUCUUUGUUGUUUUCCUCAUCUUCUUGUUGUUAUCAUAUAUUCCUUUCUUUGUGAUCUCUGAUAGUUUCCACAAGCGGGUUGAAAACAAACGUUGUUAUCCUGUGUGGCUUUUACGUUCGUCCAAGAGCCAUAUCAAAAUAAACAGACAUCAUUUCAACACUCCGUACAAAACAAUUCCCACAGUCUGUUCUGUUUUCCACAGACCUGCCACUCUCAUAAUUUUUUUUCAGGGGGCCCUGCCAUGCCGAACUCACAUUCCAAUAUAGUUACGAGCCAUAGUCCUCCUCCCCCUCCUUCUGCGGACAGAUCUGCCAUAACAGCCUCUAUUUCUAAUUGCGUCACAGAGAACCUUCUUUCUUUUCUCGAUGUUCCACAAGCCAUAUCUUUGAUUAGUAAUUAAUUUCCACAAUGUUCUUAAUCCUCCUGCUUGUAAUCAGUAAUUUGCAACUAUUCUUUCUUAGGAGGGAGGGUUAUUGGGUACUCACAUAAGACAAAAAAGAAAGAAAAGUCCCCCCCCCCUUUUCAGUCUCACUCCGACAUACCGAUCCUUUGAUGAGACUUCUUCUUGAUUUAUUAUUGAAUCCAGCCCGUUGCUCCACAUCACAGAGAUCCCUUUAAUUAGCGGUCUUUAAUGCCGAUCUUCACUUGAAAUAUGUGCAUUUGCUUCUUAUCCAAUUAUAUAUUUCGAGCUGUUGCAAACCAGUGCGCGAUCAUAGACAGCGUCCGGGAGAGCCGACCCACCCAAGGGCUUUGUGCCUAGUGCCCUCACCCCCUUCUUUUGAAUCCGGGGGUGAAUUAUGGACACAGCAGGCAAGGCAGUGCCCCCCAUUCCCUUGGGGGGCCAGGGAGGCUGCAUACUCCCAUAUCAGCCUCUUAAUUACCUCGUGUGGGUCGGAGAGAUGCUAUUGUCGGCCAUCUUCCAAUGCGCCCCCUGGUGGGCCCCCGAGCUCUAACCUGUUUCCGGUCAGAUUCAGAAUGAGUUUUCUGCCACCAGCGUUCUAGCCAUCUCAGCGAUUGUUUCAUCCCCCUCAGCUCCGGGGAAAACCAAGGGGCUAUCCGGGUUCUGUGCAAUCAGAGAGGGCACUUCGAAGCCAGACAAUCAAUAGCCCUGGUUAACUCCGCAUUCCAGUGGGCCACCAGGGAAUCAGCUGAGAGACCAUCAACAUGGGAUAAAACAUCCCCUACCACUCUCUGGAAACCAUUUGGAUCCCACCUCCCUGCAGAGGGGAAGGGUCAUGAAGAAGUCCAUAAUCUUACUCACCUUUGUCAUCAUAGAAAGGGCCUCAAAGGUCAUGUAAUCCAACCCCCUGUAAUGCAGGAACCACAGCUAAAGAAUCCAACCUCUGUUUAAAAACUUCCCAGAAAAGGAGAUUCUUCCACCUCCCAAGCUAGUCUGUCCCACUGUCAAACAGCUCUUGCUUGCUCUGUUUUAGAUGUGGCAUCAGCAGCCAUCCUGAGCCUGACAGCCACAGCACAUUGAGAUGUGUAUCCUGGCCCAGAUAAUGUGGUGGCUUCUGGCUUAGAGCAUCUUCAGUGAGCCUGAUGCAAUGGCUAAUGAGAGAAUCUUAUUCUUUCCCAGUAUGACUAUAUGGGUUCAGAUGAAGAUGUUGUGAUGAAGAAAAUCACUCAGCUCAUCAGCUUUAUCAACACGGUAAGUCAAUGGCAACAAACAGCCUGAGUCAAAGUUGUGCUGGGCACAACAGCCCAGAUCUAUUUAAAUAUAUUUAUAAAUAGUCCAGAAUCUGGUAGAACAGUUGCUACUACAUCUAGAAUGGUUUGGUCUUUUAAGGGAAAAUAAGAAGGGAAGAAGGUUACUCAAAAUUAAGAUAAUGAAAUGUGGAGCCUUGGUUUUGUAGGUCUAAAAACAAUGAAUGCUGUAAAGGAAAAUAGUAUUAUCUAACAUGGCAGAUUGAAUAUUAUGUUAAGCAGAAGGUUAUUCUAUUUGUUUACUAUCUUUUGCUUUAAAGAAAUGUCAUGCAAAUCCUGAAAUACUGUUCAAAGGUAGAAGGGUGUGUGCCAGUAUAUAUUUAUACUUUAAUCAAUCUUAUUUUUGUAAUAUUGUUUGGAAUGGAUAUUUAAAAAAAAUAUUACAAAAUAAAAUAAAACUGAGAAAAGUCAGUUUUAAAAAAUGUCACCCCUCAUAUGAAUGAAUGAAUGAAUCCAUCCCAGAUUCAUGGUAUCUCCUGGCUCUGCCCCCAAAAGCUUGUCCAAGCCCCACAGCCCCCUCAACAAAAAAACACUAUGUUCUGUAUAACAUUGUGUGGAUGUUACUCAAAAAAGCAGCAUAUACGGUAAAUAAUUCCAUAGGAAAUUAGGGUUUAGGGAAGUUUAGGGAAGCUUUUAAUGUUUAACAGACUAUUGUAUUUUAAUAUUUUGUUGGAAGCCGCCCAGAGUGGCUGGGGAAACCCAGCCAGAUUGGCAUAUAAAUUAUGAUGAUGAUGAUGAUGAUGAUGGUGAAUAAUUCCUCCAGCUGGGGACUGAAGUCUGAACAUGUAAAGCCUGUGGCCUCUAUUGAACUUAACCAUAUUGCUCCUAUUUUCAGAUGUUUUACAAACUCAACAUGAAGAUUAUACUGUCCUCUAUGGAGUUUUGGAAAGACAGGGAUAAAAUCUCCACCACAGGGACAGCCAAUGAGUUACUGGAAAAGUUUGUGGACUGGAAACUGGUCCACCUUGCUCUACGACCCCACGAUGUGGCAUUCUUGUUUGUGUAAGGAGUGUGUUCCCCCCGUUAUUAAAGAAUGCCUGUAUUAAAGCCUUUGGUGUUGCCUGAGUGGACAACAUGGCCAAAGUGCUGGGCAGGCAGGAGAGAGGGAGAGGGCUGUGAAGAGCAGUCCAAACAGUUGGGGGCUCCAUGCAUGUGAGGGAGGGACAUGGUUGGUAGCAAAGAGGCAUGUGAGGGAAGCAAGUAUCCAAGGACUUCUGGGAAGCAGUCUUAUAUGGACUUGCACUGGUCCAUGUAGAUCAGUGUUGUCUAUAUUGAUGGGCAGCGUCUCUCCAGGACAUGAGGUAAAGAAGGGGUUUCUUUCCCAUCACCUGCUUGCUACCUGGAGAUGCUUCCAGUGAUUGAACUUUGGUGCUCUGCCACUGAGCUGUGGUCCUUGAGCUCUGGAUGCAGGUAAGAAGCUAAGUCCACUGAGCCCAGUAUUGUACACCCCUGGUUGCCAGUGCCUCUCUGGGAAUCUCCGAAGAAGGAUCCUGAGUGGUACAUGUAAAUGGAGAUGUUGAGGGCUGAACCUGGGACCUUCUGUGUGCAAAGCACAUAGUAGUUUUAAAUGUAUAAGCCACCCAAGCUUUCUUCAUCUCAGCAAUCUCAGGCUACAUUCACACAAUUAAAGCAUCACUUUAAACAGUCAUGGCUUCCACCAAAGAAUUCUGGGAACUGUAGUUGGUUAAGUGUGCUGAGAGUUAUUUGGAGAACCAUAUGGAGAACAGAGUCAAUCUCAUGUCACAGGGAACCCUAGGAUAUGUAGCUCUGUGAGGGGAUUAGGCAUCUCCUAAUAACUCUCAGCACCCUUAACAAACUACAGCUCCCAGGAUUAUUUGGUGGAAGCACUGACUGUUUAAAGUGGUACCUUUAAAUGCAUGAUGUGAAAGUGGCCUGUUAGAAGGUGGCAAACCCCCCAUUGUUGCUGCUGUUGUUAAACAUUUGAGAGGCAGAAUCCUUGCUGAUCUACUCUAGAGCCCGAUGCUUACAGAUCUGUCAGGAAAUCCUGUUCUAUCUUUUGUCAAUCCCUCUGAUAAUGAGGUCCACACAGUGAGCAGGCUGGCAGAGAAGAGACAGGUCACUCCUUCCCUCCUCUGCUGUAUAGAAUCAGAAUUGUAGAGCUGAAAGGAUCCCUGAAGAUCAUCUAGUUCAACCUCCUGCAAUGCAGAAAUGCGCAGCUGUCCCAUGUGGGUUUUUGGGUGGUGGUGAAGAGGCAUCCCAGGAAAGCACACAGAUGCCUGCCCCUGCUCCCCCCAAAAGAGCUGUUAUGUAAGGAAGUGUUCCUUUUUUAUGCUUUUUGCUAAGGUACUAAUUGCAACAAAAGCAUAAUUCCUUUCUUCCUCACCCCAGCUACAGGAACAGGGGGGAUUCUGUGGGGUCAACAUUUGCAAGAAAGAUGUGCCACAGACCUUCUUCUGCAGCAAUUGCCAUGGUAAGACUGCAUGUACAGUGGUGCCCCGCAAGACGAAUGCCUCGCAAGACGAAAAACUCGCUAGACGAAAGGGUUUUUCGUUUUUUGAGCUGCUUCACAAGACGAUUUUCCCUAUGGGCUUGCUUCGCAAGACGGAAACGUCUUGCAAGUUUGUUUCCUUUUUCUUAACACCGUUAAUACAGUUGCGACUUGACUUCGAGGAGCAACUCAUAGAACGUGGUGUGGUAGCCUUUUUUGAGGUUUUUAAAGACUUUGGUGAUUUUUGAAGCUUUUCCAAAACUUUCCCGACACCGUGCUUCGCAAGACGAAAAAAAUCGCAAGACGACAAAACUCGCGGAACGAAUUAAUUUCGUCUUGCGAGGCACCACUGUACUGUGCUCAUUCACUUGCUGAACUGUUCUUGAUUUCUUAAAAGUUGUGAUGUCUGAAAACUUUGGGCCAAACUAGACCUGAGGUUAAACACAUGACUACAGCUGAAGUGGAUGUUUCUGCUCUGUAAAUAAUUGCUGGGUACUCUGAGCACCCUUGAGACCAUGGGGUGGGGGUGGGGAGUAGAAAUGUCCUCUCAUUCCUUGACUGUUAAGCUUACUCAGAAGUCUUCGGUGAAGUACCGGGACUUUGUUGAAAGCUUUUUGAAAGUCCAAGUACACUGCGUCAACUGGAUCACUUUUAUCUGUAUGUUUGUUGACGCUCUCAAAGAACUCGCAAUAGGUCUGUAAGAAAGGACUUGCUUAAGCCUUGCUGCUGUGCUUCAGUAAAGUUUGUUGGUUUUUUAAUCUUUAACAAAACUUUUCACCAGUUUUCCCAGGACAGGCAUUAAGAUAACUGGCCUGUAAUUUCUAGGAUCCCCCCUGGAUCCCUUUUAAAAAUGGAUACUUUCCAGUCCUCAGGUACACAGACUGAUCUGAGGGAUAAGUUAUGGGUGUGGUUGUUUUAUUAGAAGAGCGGCAAUUUCACUUUUGAGUUCUUUGAGAACACCUUCCAGAACUGGUGAUUUGUUGGUUUUUAUUUGUCUAUUACUCCUAGAAGUGUUGCUUUAGUGCAGCAAAUCCAGUUUAUAAAAGAAGCAGACCAGCAGUUAGGAAAGUGAGGGUCAGAUACAUUGAAUAGCAUGGGAAGAACAAAUUAUUAACACCUCACCAAAGCUCAGGCCAAAUACUUAAUAAUACACCUGAGAUAGGUCCAUGGGUUUUACCUGUGAAGGGGAUAUCUUUGUGCAUGUGAAUGCCAUCACGCCUCUCCCUAGGUCCCACCCCCCAUCUUCCUACAAGGUCAAUUGUUAGGCCACACACAGUUCUGGUCCUCAGAGUUUUUUCUUCUUGCUUUUGCCAUUUUUUGUGUUCUUCCUGUCCCUGACGUCUCAGCUUGCAAGCAAACUGAAGGCUCCUGGGAGAGGCUGACAAGAAGGUUUUGAGUAGCGAUUUUGCCCAAAGCACCAAGCAGAGUUCUAAACCCAGGCUCCUUGGGGCAAAGGCCUGUACUCUUGUACCUUUUAAAGCCCCCUUGCACAAUAAAGAUGUAGUAGCAGUAGUAGUAGUAGUAGUAGUAGUAAUGGUAGUAAUUCAUAGCUAUCGGCCAUUAAUGUUCAUGUGCUCUUACUUAGUAUGAAAAUGGGAUCACGCUGGAGACCUUCUCUGUGAUCGUGGCACAGCUGCUGGGAUUCAGCCUAGGACUGUUCUUCGACAACUCAAGACAAUGCCACUGCCCAGGCACUUGCUUAAUGAGUACCGAUGCUGUGUAAGAGCCUUUGUUGCUUCGUUCAUCAUUAGCAUGGUGCUAAGCCGAAACCUGGUUAUUUUAUCAGUAUCAGCCUUCCCCAACCUGGUGCCCUCCCAAUGUUUUGGACUACAGCUCCCACUAGUCCCAGGAUAGGACAGCCAUGCUGGUCUUGGCUGGUGGGAGUUGUGGUCCAAAACCUCUGGAGGGCUCAAGAUUGGGGAAGGUCCAUCUAGCUGUCUGUUAGAUAAACUAUCUAAUCUAUCCUAGCCACUUCCCAGCCUUCUAAGAGGCAAUAGAGACUGAAACCGUCUCCUGAUGGUACACCAUUACUGCCUUCAGAAGUGAACAGCUCCCCUAGGGUGGGGUGGAAAGGUUGAGAGGACGAAGGGCAGCACCAUAGAAGGGUCCUGAAGCAGGCAAGCUCUCCCCACACUUCUGCCACCUGUUUUAAUGGCAGGCAUUCUGCUAGAGAGCCCCGGGUCCUGCUCACCCCCCUCUCCCCUCAAAAAGGUGCCAAGCAAUUAGGAGCAGCUCAUCAGGAGUGCUCACUAGUUUCCUGACUGGUGGGUUGCUGCUGCUUACUGGUCAGAGUGGGGUGAGGUGGUCAUCGUUGUGCAACCACACACCCUUCUAUGUGUCCCCCAAGCGACACCCCUCAGUGGCCUUGUUCUGUACCUUAUGUGUUUUUACAGGUCUGGAAUGUGCCCUUGAUUUCUGAGGUGCCUCUUGUUUGCCCAGAAAGAGGAAAAAGAGGCAUAGGCAUAGAAACUUGCCCUGCCAUACCAAGGCAUAAUUCUCAUUUGUUGCUCCACCGAGUCCUGGCCUCCACUGGCCUAUGGCCCCUGGGAAGGUUGUCCAGAAGGGUAUGUGGUCCUUGGGCUGAAAAAUAUUCCCUACCUGAGACAAAUAAACUUAAAGCAGUGUUUCAGGGUGAAGGGCCUUAGCCAAACUUUCUCCCUGUCCCGCCGGUUUCCCACACAUAAGGAUGUGGGGUGGGGGGGUAUUUCUUCUUCUCCUUCUCCUUCUUCUUCUUUUCAAAGUUUCAAAAAGAAAAAAACAAUUUUUUACACACACACACACGUUUACAUUAAACCAUAGUCCAUAUCAGUACCUUUAUGGGGUUCCCUGAACCUCUCUCCACCCCUCCCUUGGCUUCCAAAAUGUAGCUUCCUUUUUUAACUGCAUCUAAUUGCAUUUAUCCAAAUUAUUGUACUUUAUUUUAAAUUACAAGUGCUAUGUCAAUCCUGCUAACGUUUUCAGAUUUUUACAGUGUUCUUUAAUAUAUUCUAUAAAGUUAUGCCAUUCUCUAUUAAAUUUGUUAUCUUCUUGGUGCCUGAGCUUCCUGGUCAGUCUUGCCAUCUCUGCAUAGUCCAUCAUCUUAAUUAUCCAUUCUUCUUUCGAUGGGGCUCUUACUUCUUUCCGUCUCUGGGCAAAUAGUAUUCUUGCCGCUGCUGUCGCAUACAUAAACAGUACUUUCUUAUCCUUCAGUAAUUCUUCUCCUAUUAUACCUAGUAAAAAGGCCUCUGUUUUUCAACAAAAGUUAUUUUAAACAUUUUUUUCAGUUCAUUAUAAAUCAUUUCCCAGAAGGCUUUAGCUAUUUUACAGGUCCACUACAUAUGAUGAAAUGUACCCUCUUUAACUUUACGCUUCCAACAUAUGUUCUUAUACAUUUUUGCUAGUCUUGUAGGAGUCAAAUAUAUCAUUUUCAUAUAAUUCUCUUUUAAUGUACAGCAGGCUGUAAAUUUUAAAUCCUCAUUCCAUAACUUCUCCCAUGAAGCAAAUUGUUUAUUACAGGGAUGUCCAACAGGUCGAUCUUUAAGUUCUGGUAUUGAAAAGUUAUUCUCAACUUGUAAAAUUGUAAACUUGUAAUCCAGUCAAGCUUGGUGCUUAUUGUAAUCCCAAUUUGGUCUUUGCUGACUAGAAAUAAAAAAGAAUAAUAGCAAGAACAAUCCAAAUAUCAUUAUAGUCCAAAUAUCAUUAUAAUCCCAAUGAGCAACAAAGAUAAUCAAAGAGAAAUGCUGCACCCUGGUCUCCACCAAUUGCUUAAAGUUCCACUUUUAAAACUCCAGCUAUUCCAGACACUCUGCCCCCCUUGGGGUACCCCCAAGUUUGGCUGAGUGUUCUCCUGCUUGGCUUCGGCUCCAAUUGUGGAAUUCCAAGGUGAUUUUUUUACUUCCAAAAACUCAAACUAUCCUUAAUAUAGCUGUGCACUUCCCCUUCUCAAAAGUUCAAUAAUUCAAGUUCAGUUAAAUUAAUCAUGUUCCAGCAGAAGGGAGAUCUUUAAAGUAUCUCUAAGUUGCAGUUUGAAAGGGUUAAAAUUCCUCCCGGAGGCUCUUCUCAUUCACAGAUUUCCGCUGCAGAGCCUGACCUUCAGAGAACAGAAGCUGACUUCCUUUUUAGUUUCUGUUUUCAUCCAAAUUGUUAAUUGCAUCCCAGAUCUUCUUUUAUAAUUUAUUGUUGUAAUGUUACCUUGUUUGGAAGAUCUGUUUAUCUUUGGUGGUGGCUUGAGACUUUGGCUGCCGCGCGAUGUUUCCAGCCGUGGGUCCCCGCCUGCCGCCCGCCCGCUCGCUGCCGGAGACAGCUGCAGGUUGUAGGGAGGUUGUUACCUCACUCCGCUGGAUCCUUUCAAAGUCCCACUCUUCUGUGGGAUUUUUUUGGGGGGGUGUUGAGCCCAAAACACUCUCCCCCACAGCCCAGAGCAGCCCCAAACCGGUUGCAUUUAUGAGGACAACUCAUAUGGCGCUGCCAUUCUGAGUGGAAAAUAGACCAGAAGCUGUUUUUGCCCAGUAUACCAUUACAGAUUUUAUUUCCUCAUCUUUUGUUUCCCAUUCCAGCAACAAAUUAUACAUUUUUGACAGAACCUUUUCAUCAUUUUCCAACAAUUCUUUCUGCAAUCUCAAAAAUUCUUUAACAAAAUCCAUUCCUUUAUUCAACCUAAAAAUGUCAUUUAAUUGAUGGUAUUGGAGUCAAUCAGUUAACAGAUGUCUUAUGUCUUCAAACUUUUUUUUACUUUCAAUUGAUUUUCCUCCUCAGUUAACAACUCUCUAAAUGUUGCCUAUUAUUUUUCCAUAUUUUUUUUUAAACUGACAACACUUCUAAUGGUGACAGCCACCAUGGGGUUUUGUUCUCUAAUAAAUUAUUAUAUUUUUCCCAAACAACAUAAAUUGAUUUUCUAAUAAUAUGGUUUUGAAAUCUCCUAUGAACUUUAGCUUUUCCAUACCAAAGAUAUGCAUGCCACCCAAAUCUAUUAUCAUGACCUUUCAGAUCUAAGAUAUCUGGAUUCCUCAAUGUCAUCUAUUCUCAUGGCCAACAAAGGCAGAACACCUCACAAUAUAAUUUUAAAUCCAGUAGGGGGAAUCCACCUCUUUCUUUAGCAUCUGUUAAUAGUUUAUAAUUUAUACUUAAUCCUAAAUUUCUUCCCCUGCCAAAUAAAUUUGGAUAUAUUGCCAUUGUUUGAAGAGUCCUGUUCCAUUGACUUUCGGUAUAGAUUGAAAUAGAAAUAACAUUCUUGGCAAUACAUUCAUUUUUAUUACUGAGAUUCUUCCCCAUGAUGAUAAUUUCUUUCUUCCCCAUAUUUCCAUAUUUCUUUUGAUGUCAUUCCAAACUUUUAUAUAGUUAUCUUUAAAAAUGUUUAUAUUCUUUGUUGUCAACCACACCCCUAAAUAUUUCACCUUAAUUUCCAUCCCCAACUCUUGUUAGCUUUCUCAGUUCGUUUUCUUCUGUUCCGUCAUAUUUUUUACCAGCAAUUUAGUUUUAUUUUUAUUAAAUUUGAAACCUGUGACUUGGCCAAAUUGGUUAAUCUUAUCCAGUACCCUUGGUAUACUUCCCAAGGGGUUUUCUACCAUUAUUACCAGGUCAUCCGCAAACGCCUUAAGUUUGUAUGAUCUGCGCCUCACUGUAAUACCUUUAAUAUUUUUGUCUGCUUUUAUGUUCCUCACCAAUGUCUCCAGUACCAGAAUAAACAAUAAUGGGGACAGGGAACAACUCUGCCUUGUUCCUUUCAUGAUAUUGCAUAUUUCUGUUACUACAUUAUUUACUAUUAACUUUGCCUGUUGGUCUGAAUAAAUAGCUUCUAUACCUCUAAGAAAGGAUUACCCAAAGUUCAUCAUUUCAAAAAAAAAAAUUAUAAACAUCCACAAAACCUUAUCUGUCAGGGUGAUUGGUGGGUGCUAGCAGAGAUAACAGCCUGGAACUGGAGGCCCCUCGACUGUCCUCGGGUCCAGUAAUGGACCAUUUUGACCGGAUAUCCCCAGCCGAUGUGGACAGACUCCUCCGAGCUGGAAAGCCCACCACCUGUCCUCUUGACCCGUGCCCGUCUUGGCUGAUUAGAGCAUGCCCAGACGAGGUGCGGGCCCCCCUAGGGGAUAUAAUUAAUUUGUCCCUUGGCACCAGGACAUUCCCAGGGGAACUGAAGGAGGCAGUGGUGCGCCCACUCUUAAAGAAAACAUCAUUAGAUCCCUUAGAUCUAUGAAAUUACCGCCCGGUUUCAAAUCUUCCAUUCCUGAGUAAGGUGAUUGAAAGAGCGGUUGCUGAACAGCUUGGUGGGUUUCUGGAUGAAACAUCGGCUCUGGAUCCAUUCCAGUCCGGCUUCCGCGCUGGUCAUGGGACUGAGACGGCGCUGGUUGCCCUAACAGAUGAUCUCCGCAGGCAGCUGGAUCGAGGCGGGUCGGGGCUGCUGAUUCUUCUAGACCUGUCAGCAGCCUUCGACAUGGUUGAUCACAAACUCCUGGACCACCGCCUUGCCGAUGUGGGGAUCCAGGGCACAGUCCUUCAAUGGCUGCGCUUGUUUCUCUCUGGUCAGGGACAAAGGAUGGCGCUUGGGGGGUAAUUGUCAUCGCGCCACUCCUUGGUGUGUGGAGUGCCUCAGGGUGCGAUACUCUCCCCAAUGCUUUUCAACAAUUUUAUGUGCCCCCUCGCCCAGCUUGGGCUGGGUUGCCAUCAGUAUGCUGAUGACACCCAACUCUAUCUGUUGAUGGAUGGCCAUCCUGACUCGGCCCUAGACACACUGAUCAGAUGUUUGGAAGCUGUGGCUGGAUGGUUAUGUGGGAGCCGGUUGAAGUUAAAUCCUUCGAAGACAGAGGUCCUUUGGCUGGGAGGGGACGAUAUGGGAUUGUGGGGGGCAACUCCCAUCUCUUGCGGGGGUGCAAUUAGUGCCAGCACUGUCCGUUAAGAGUUUGGGUGUAAUCUUCGACACCUUCCUUUCCAUGGAGGCGCAGAUUGCAGCUAUAACAAAGGCGGCAUUUUUUCAUCUCCACCAAGGUAAGCAGUUGGCUCCUUACCUCUCUCGCCCUGACCUAGCCACUGUGAUCCACGCGACGGUCACCUCCAGACUUGAUUAUUGUAACUCGCUCUACACGGGGCUGCCCUUGAGACUGACCCAGAAACUCCAGCGGGUGCAGAAUGCUGCAGCAAGACUCCUUAUGGGGUCCUCGCUGCGAGAUCACAUUCACCUAGUGCUAUACCAGCUGCACUAGCUCCCGGUGGAGUACAGGAUCAGGUUUAAGGUGCUGGUUUUAACCUUUAAAACUCUAUACGGCCUAGGACCCUCGUACCUACGGGACCGCCUCUCCUGGUAUGUCCCACAGAGGAACUUACGGUCUUCAAACAAAAGCAUCUUGAAGGUCCCAGGCCACAGAGAGGUUAGGCUGGCCUCAACUAGAGCCAGGGCUUUUUCAGCUGUGGCUCCGAUCUGGUGAAACGCUCUGUCACAAGAGACUAGGGCCCUGUGGGACUUGACAUCUUUCCGUGGGGCCUGCAAGACGGAGCUGUUCCACUAGGCCUUUGGUCAGGGCACAGCCUGACUCCCUCCUUUGGCAAUCUUCACAGAACUCUAGCCCAAUGGUUGCCAUCAAUUUGAUUUGAAUUAAUUUUAUAAUGAAAUGUUUUUAGAAUGUUGUACUAUUUUAUUGUUGUUAGCCGCCCCGAGCCCUGCUUCAGCUGCGGAGGGUGGGAUAUAAAAAAAAUUAUUUAUUUAUUUAUUUAUUUAUUUAUUAUUUGUUCUUAACAGAAGGUCAUUUACUGUCUGAAUCGAGUCGAUAUGGCCUGCAGAUUAAUUGGGUUUUAAGAAAUGUGUAUACUCUCUCCCUAAUGGAUGUUUGAAUCUCCAAACAUCCGUCAAUUAAAAUUCUCAACCUUGGUUGGUUUGAAGAAAGUAACAGGUAGUCUCCCUUCCUUAGAAUUAAUUUUCUUUUUUAUUCUGUCCAGAUCCGGUGAGACCACCCCAUUCAAGUUUCCCAGUAAAAUCAUUUUUUGGUCCAUAAACUCAUUUUCUCUUCUAUAAAAUUCUAAUUUUCUCUCAUUUGGUGCAUAGAUUCCCACAAUCACCAUUUUUCCUCCUUGGGACAUCACCUGAACAACUAUCAGUCUUCCCUGAACAACUAUUACUCUUUCUCGCCACAUCUCUUGCAAACAUAUUAUAUCCAAUUUUUUUUAUUUAACAUAUAUUCUGUUUUUUUUUCUUUUAGUCCAUUUACAUUCCACAUUAAAAUUUUCAGCUCCAUCUUCCUUUAAUUUUUUAAUUUAUCAAAAAAUUAAAUACAAAUUAAAACUUGUUGUACAUUAUUUUCAUCUUUAUUUCCUCCACUACAGCCUCCAACCACUCCUUCAAUUCUUCCCCUGGUUGAGGUCUCUUCCCUCCUCAUUCUUUUUGAUAUCUUCUCCAAAACUUAUCUGCUUCUGCCGGGUCUCUGCAUCUGUACUUUUUCCCUUUAUAUUUUAAGACGUAUCCUCAAGACUCUUGUGUUUUUUUUGUUUAAGUCCUGUACUGAUUUUUCCAAAACUGUUGUUUUUGUUGACAGUUCUUUUAUCUGUACAGAUAUGUCCUCCAUCUUUCCAUCCAUUUUAGUCUCAAGAGCCUUAGUUUGUUCCCUAAUGUCCUUCUUCAGAUCUAAAAUUAAAUCUGCAAUUUCAGUCUUACGAUCUGUAUCCUGAGCAGAUCCUCUUCUUCCUUGAGUUAAUAAUAAUAAUAAUAAUAAUAAUAAUAAUAAUAAUGAUUUAUUUAUACCCCGCCCUCUCUGGCCAGAGCCAGGCUCAGGGCAGCUAACACCAGUAAAAUUACAAUAAAAACAUAAUAGAGAAAAUACAAUUUAAAAUAGAGGUUAAAAAUACAAUUUAAAAUGCAGCCUCAUUUUAAUAAUAACCCAUAGAUCAAAACCAUAAGGGGAGGGAAACAUAAGUGUCAGACUGAGUCCAAACCAAAGGCCAGGCGGAACAGCUCUGUCUUGCAGGCCCUGCGGAAAGAUGUCAAGUCCCGUAGGGCCCUAGUCUUUUGUGACAGAGCAUUCCACCGAGUCGGGGCCAGUACUGAAAAGGCCCUGGCCCUAGUUGAGACCAAUCUAACCACCUUGCAACUUGGGACCUCCAAAAUGUUGUCAUUUGUGGACCUUAAGGUCCUCCGCAGGGCAUACCAGGAGAGGCGGUCCCGUAGGUACGUAAGUCCUAGGCCGCAUAGGCCUUUAAAGGUCAAAACCAGCACCUUAAACCUGACCCUGUACUCCACCAGGAGCCAGUGCAGUUGGUAAAGCACUGGAUGAAUGUGAUCCCGUGGCAAUGACCCCAUAAGGAGCCUCGCCGCGGCAUUCUGCACCCGCUGGAGUUUCUGGGUCAGUUUCAAGGACAGCCCUGCAUAGAGCGAGUUACAAUAAUCAAGCCUGGAGGUUACCGUCGCAUGGAUCACUGUGGCCAGAUCAGGGCGAGAAAGGUAAAGGACCAACUGCUUAAUACGGCGGAGAUGGAAAAAUGCCACCUUUGCUGUGGCUGCAACCUGCGCCUCCAUGGAAAGGGAGGUGUCGAAGGUUACACCCAAGCUCUUGACAGAAGGCGCUGGCACUGAUUGAGCCCCUGCAAGAGAUGGGAGUUGGUCCCUCAACCCCAUGUCGUCCCGACCCAGCCAGAGGAGCUCUGUCUUUGAAGGAUUUAAUUUCAACCGGUUCCCACGCAGCCAUCCAGCCACAGCUUCCAAGCAUCUGGUCAGUGUGUCCGGGGCCGAGUCAGGGCCGCCGUCCAUCAACAGAUAAAGCUGGGUGUCAUCAGCAUAUUGAUGACAACCCAGCCCAAAGCUCUGGACAAUCUGGGCAAAGGGGGCACAUAAAGAUAUUGAAAAGCAUUGGGAAAAGGAUUGCGCCCUGCGGGACUCCACACACCAAGGAGUGCUGCGGCAACAACUCCCUCCCUAGAGCCACCCUCUGUCCCCGACCUGAGAUAAAGGAGCACAGUCAUUGUCGGACUGUGCCCUGAAUCCCCACGUCGGCAAGGUGGUGGUCCAAAAGUUCGUGAUCGACAAUGUUGAAGGCUGCUGACAGGUCUAAAAGAAUCAGCAGUUCUGACCCACCUCAAUCCAGCUGCCUGUGGAGAUCAUCUCUUAGGGCGACCCAAGCCGUUUUGGUCUCAUAACCAGGGCGAAAGCUGGACUGAAAUGGAUCCAGAGUUGGUGUAGUUGUUGAGCUUCCUGCUCCAGACGGUGGUUUAUUUGCUACCAUAUUUAUUUUUUUAUUCUUAUUUCCUUUAUUAUUAUUGUCCUGUGUCAUUUCUUCCAACCUCAAUACUUCACCUCCUAUCUCCCCUCCCUAUGUCUAAUGGAUGAUAUAGCUAGGUAUACAGGAGGUAUUCCAAAAAUAUAGUCAGGUCUGUGUAAUAGCUCCUUCUAACUACUAGGUGGCUUCCCUAUUCUUUCUCUCCUUCCCCUUCCCCCUCAUCUCUGUCAGCCUUUGUCUCAGACUGCUCUUUUUAACUUCUCAGUCUGCCUGCAGUAGAUAAGGAAGCCUGUUCUCAAAACAAUUUUGUUUUCCUGACCAAAGUCCUGGAUGUUAAUUGUAAUCCACAAGGGGGGUAGAUUCAGUUGAACAAUACUGGUAAAUAUAAGGAAAAUGUAAAAAUGGCAAAAGUAAUCCAAUCUAUCAAACAGGAAAUAUACAAAAUAUUAUCUUCAGUUCUUCUACGCCUAAUCCAAUUUUCACCCCAAUCGCUGGGAAAUGGGGGAAGUGGAGUUACCUCCACCAAACAGGGCAACGUAUUACCAGAAACAAAGCAAAAAGAAAAAUAGUAUUUCAACUCCCAGUUGAGUCUAAUCCACUUUUUGCUGAUUCUCCUUACACACAGUUCCACAGGAAAAAGGAAACUGUUUUACACUGACACAUAGAGACUAUAGCUUCGCCCAUGGUUUCAACCUUAUAUCCAUUGUUUUAAAAGUCACUUUCUGCUGGGUAUUCUAAUAAAAGACACUGUUCAUUUUGCUCCACAAACUUUUUAAUAGAUAAGGCACCCUUGAGGCAAGGUGAGGCAACUGCCUCAGGUGGCAGGAUCCCCAGGAGCAACUGGUUGUGAUGUAGAUAUUUAUUCACACUUAUUCCUGAUGCAAAUCUUCACUCUCACUUUCUUCCCUGGCGGGGAGCGGAGCACCAGUUUGUGGUUCACCUCAGGUGCCAAAAUGUAUUGGACCAGCUCAAGGGGUUCUUCAUUGGGCAAAUCAGCUUGGAGGUAGAAAACGCAUAAAUCUGGGUGUCUUUAGUCUGUCUUCCCACAACCUUUGGCAUGGUUUUCUGUGCUAUGGAAGCUUUUAUCUACUGCCUAUUGCCCACAGGCAGGCCAGCGGCAUCAAGUCCUUCAGCAGCUGCAGUAUAAAAGAUUUCCGGAAUUUUCUGGAGUCCGGAGCAUCGCAGUGCCUCUUGAACAAGCCACGCAUGGAUCUCAUGUACAGAGCCCCCUACUGUGGAAACAAAGUGGUGGAAGACGGGGAGCAGUGUGACUGUGGCACAGCAAAGGUUUGUUAGAAAGAGAAGCCAGAAAGAAGAGCAAAUAAAGGAGAGCGAGCUAAUGGUGACUUAAAUAAGCCACAUCUGUGCCUUCUCAGUGGUGUUCCCCUGUUUGCGGAAUGCACUCUUAGUGAGGGCCUCAAUCUCCCUCGUUAUUAACUUUUAGGAGAAAUUUUAAAACAUUCCUCCUGUUCACCCAGACAUUUGAUCGCUGAAAUAUCUGUCCUUAGCGGCCUAGAAGUCAUUAGUUUUGAGAAUUGCUUAUUGCUUUUAAGAGUUUUAAAGGUUUUUUUUUUUAAAGUUCUAAUAGUAUUGUUUUAGCAUUGACAUGUUUGCCAUGCUGGGAUCCUUUGGUGGAAGGUUGAGAAAACAAAUGUAAUAAAUAAAUGAAACAUGAAAAAUAAAUGUUUUUAUAUACAGUUAACUUGUCACUCAGUUUAUUUAUACCCUGCCUUUCUUUCAUCAUGAAAACCAAGACAGUUCCUAGGCUGUUUCCCAUCCAGACCCACAUGGGCAUAGCCCCCCCCCCACUACACCCAUGCAGACACAGUUCCCCUUCAGUGGGAGAAGGAAAAAAAUAACUGGUCCCACACUGACACAUUGACAGCCACGACAUAGGAUGCUGUGCAGUUCAGCACCCAAUUGCAAUGCAACACAGUCGAUAGAUAAACCCAACCCAGGGAGAACAUAGCUCAGAUGCUAAGAAAGGGUAGCAAAAGACCAUGUACACUUUUAGGUCACAAGGGGAAUGCUGGUGAGAGAGGCAGUUUGCACAAAACAACUUGGCCUUCCUAACUUCCACACUUUUCCAGCUGCCUGAAAAGGUCUCUGCCUCAGGUGUUCAGUUUGUAUUACUUUAAAACCUAUGUAUGACUGUUUUUUGUACUGUUCAAAAAACUAUUUUAGCUGUUUUUAUAUGUCUGUUACCACCUCAAGACAUGUAUGUUAAAGGCGAUUUCUGAAUAAUAAUAAUAAAGUCUAUCUGAACUUUGCCUUGGAACUCCAAACACUCUGGUGGGGCUCAAGCUACCUCCUCUGUCCCUUUCCUGGGAUUGGAAGCCUCUGGAAGCUGCUGCUGCCAACUAGUGUUUGUGGAACCCAUUGGCAAAAGGAAUGUUCCCUUCCUGGAUGGAUCUUGAAAUCUCACCCCAGGGAAGGCUGUGUGUGUGGUUUGCACAGUCCCCCAUGUCCAGGAGGUAUUGUGUGCUGUGUAUCUUUCUCUUCUUCCUCCCUUUUCAGAUGUUAUGCAAGCCAGAAGGAAGGCCUGGGGACUGUCAGUGUUAUUUAUAUUUAUUUCAGCGGUUUUUGUACCACUUAAUCAGAUUGCCAGAAAUCAUACAGUGGAUAAAACAGAAAGCUUACUUAAAAUGCCUGCUGAUAAUUGCUGAUAAUUUUGGGGUUGCCAGGGACAGGUCUUUCAGCCAUCAAAUGCCCAAAUUGAAACAGGAGUAUUUUAAAAAUUUUCCUAAAAGCUGAUGAUGAAGGAGAUUGACACCCCAUUAGGGAGGACGUUACACAAAUGGGGAGCCACCACCAAUAAGGCCCUGUCACAGGUCACCACCAGCUGGGAUGCUUCCUUUGUGUGAGUUGAGUUUGCAUAGUGGGGUGAGGUAGAGUAAUGGAGUUGAUCACCUGGCCCUUCCAAGUACUGGAGUUGAUCACCUGGCCCUUCCAACAUUUCUCUCAAAGUGGACUGCAAUGUGUCUAUAGGUUCCUGACUCCUGCUAUCCCAUUUUCCCCCUUCCAGGAAUGUGAAAGCAAUCCAUGCUGUGAGCCAAAUUGUCUGUUGAGAAGAGGGAAAGCCUGUGCCCAUGGUGAUUGUUGCUGGUCGAGGUAUUGUAGGGUAAGCUAGCCUCAAGCCCCAUGCCCUCUUAGAGAUGCCAGAGAAUUCUGACAGAAUCAUCCAUGUUCACUUGUUUGUCCCGUGUCCAGAAUGGAAAUCAGUCCAAUGUUCACUGUUACUGUUGCUUUCGAUUCACAAAACUGUUUACACCUCCUCCCCACUGUUUGUGUUUUGUUUCUUUUGCAUUGGAAUGAAUGGGGUUGUAAAGACAGCAAAGUUUAUGUAAUUAUUGGCCCAUUUAGCUCAAUCUUGUCUUCAGUGACCGGCAGGCACUCUCCAGGGUUUCAGACAGGGGACAGUCUCAGCCCUACCUGGAGAUACUGAGGAUUGAACCUGAGACCUUUUGUGUUCAAGCUAUUCCUCAAAGCAGGAUUGUAGGAUGGUGAGGGAUGCAGAGCAAAUUUUGAAUAUGGAGGCAAGCUCAACAAAUCUGAAGGAAACCAAUGAGAUAUAUAAAGCCCACAAGCAGCCUCCAGAGGGCCUUUGCUGAGGAAUAGGAUCCAUGAUUAAGAUGCAGAAUAUAUGGAGACAGUGGAUAGAGAGUUUCUCUUUCAUAAUGCUAGAACGUGGAAUCACCCAGGUGGAUUGUUUCUUUGAUGGAGUUGUAAUACAGCGAGAUGGUCAUACUACUGAUGUAUGGAAGGGAUCAGAUUUCUUGUUUUAUGUAAUUUCAGUCUAUUCAGUGGGUAUUGUUAUUCAUACAAAUCUGUGUUAUGUAUUUUAAGGGUGUGAACAAAACAUGUUUGAAAGAACAGUAGGCUUAAACAGUCCAUCAUUAGGGAGCAGGCUGGACUUCCUUCUCCUUGUUUCCUGCUUGGCAGGGGGUUGGACUCGAUGGCCCUUGUGGUCUCUUCCAACUCUAUGAUUCUAUGAUUCUGCAUGAAUGUGAAGCUGGGAUGUGACACUAUUUCAUUAGCCAAAUAUAAAGGUAAAGGACCCCUGACAAUUAAGUCCAGUCACGAACGACUCUGGGGAUGCGGCGCUCAUCUCGCUUUACUGGCUGAGGGAGCCGGUGUUUGUCCACAGACAGUUUUUCCGGGUCAUGUGGCCAGCAUGACUAAGCUGCUUCUGGUGCAAUGGAACACCAAAACCAGAGCAGCACACGGAAACACCAUUUACUUUCCCGCCGGAGUGGUACCUAUUUAUCUACUUGCACUGCAUGCUUUCGAACUGCUUGCUGCUAUUUCUAGGGAUUGUUUUGUGGAUUUUACAAAAUUGCAUGCUUUUGUUUUACUGUGUUACUUUACCUGUGCUUAUGCUCUUGAGAACUGUUCUAAGUUGCAAGGAAACGUUUUGUGUGCUUUCACUGAGCAGCUGACAAUUACUAUUGUCUAUUACAUGUCUAUUACAUAAAUACUAUUACUAUUACAAUUAUUAGCAGAAACAACAAAAACAACCCUGUUUCCCACCCCUGCACCACUUCAUAGAGUGCUGGAAACAAUGCUGAUGUGAUGGCAGGACCCCCCCCCCCCCCAGUCUUGACCACACAUUAUCAAGGAGAAGGCAGCAUCCACAUACUUGAGGUCUAAGUAUGUGCCAAAAUGCCUGCAGAGAUCAAUGUCUCAGAGGCCUGAAAUGCAACUCAGAGCUUUCCUUUCUCUUUUCUUCCUGCCAGUUGAAAGCAAAAGGCACAUUAUGCAGAGGCACUAAAGAUGAAUACUGUGAUCUGAAGGAGUACUGCAAUGGUACCUCUGCUGAGUGCACAGAGAAUUUUUAUGUCCAGGAUGGACAGAAUUGUGAGGGGGAGACAGGGAUUUGCAUGGAAGGAACAUGCCAAAGUGCAGAUUUGUGGUGCCGCAAAGUAUUUGGAAAAGGUAACUGAAAGCAGUUCUUUCUCUCAUCUCUCCCUUCUGAACAGCCCUUCUCUCUUUCUUUCUCUGUCCUUCAUUCCCCACACCUCACCCAGUAUUCAGACUAGAAGAUUUUGAUUUUUAAUCUGGCAGAUUUCAAGAGAUGCAGCAGUCUCCUUGAAGCUGCUGUGUACAUUACUCAUGCAUCCCUUUUCAGGGACUGGCAGGGGUAGCAAAGAGUGUUCUGAGGUGUCUGACAGGCCAUUACAGAACAUUAUGUCCCCAAUCUGCAGCCUCGGGAAAGAGGGCAAUGGGAUUGUGGGGCCUCUCUGUCUGCUUAUCUGAAAGACCCAACAGGUUUGGUUCCUCCCCACUGAAUCAUUCCAUUCUAGCUACCGUAUUUUUCCAUCUAUAAGACGCCCCCAUGUAUAUUUUUGGGGACUCAGAUUUAAGAAAAUGGGGGGAGAUGGCCCAGAGUAUAAGAUGCCCCCUAAUUUUUGACAUUUUUUUUAAGGGGAAAAACCUAGUCUUAUACACGUAAAAAUACGAUAAUCAUUAGAAGAAUGUCGUAAGUUCUAAGAACUAGUACCUGAGCUUUCUUCCCCUCCACUUCCCUCUCAAUCCCUUUUGUCUUUUAGAUUGUAAGCCUGAGAGCAGGAACCAUCUUAUCAAUGAUAUUUCUGUGCCAUUCUGGAAACCUUUUGUUGUUGCUGCUGCCACUGCUGCUAAAGAAUAGGAUGAAAAUGCUUCAUAUCAAUAAAUAAUAAUUCUGAUCUAUAUUGCAGAUUCAAAAAGUGGAUCAUCUCAGUGUUAUGAGGAAAUCAACAGUCAAAAGGACAGGAUGGGACAUUGUGGUUCCUCUGCCAAAGGAUAUGAGAACUGUCAGUGGCAGUACGUUUUGAACAAAAAUGGAAAUUGUGUGAUGAGAAGGUCACAUUCCUACCACUAAGCAUUUAUGGAAUACUGCCCAAAGCAGCAGUGUUUGUGCAGCAGGAAGUUUUACAGGGUGGAUAUACAGGGUACAACUUAUUCUGUCACACACCUGCACCUGAUGUGUGCUAAAACUCAUUUGAAUCAGCAUCACUUGACAGCAUGAUACAGAGGUCAUAGUCCAGGCAAACAAGAGAUGUGGUAAAACUACUAGAAAUAUGGCUCCCUCUUUCAUGCAAAAGUCACAAAUUUGGUUAAACUACUGUUAUAACUGUUAUAUAGUGCCUGAGUUCUGUUCGACAUAACUGGCAAUCUGGUGUGUUCCAGUCCAGGACCAAAAUAGCCUUCUCCUCAGCAGUUUUAUGAGGAGCAAAUUAGAACAGGUGUGAAAAAACUUUGGCCUUCCAGGUGCUGCUGCAGUACAAUGCAGCAGCAUUGGCCAUUAACCAUGUAGGCUGGAGCUGAUUGGUGCUGUAGUUCAGCAACAUCUGGAGAGCCAAAUGUUCCCCACACCUGGACUAGAACAACCAGCAUACCAAAUGGUUACACAGCCUUUCCGAAUCUGGUGUCCUCCAUGUGUUUUGGAUUGCACCUCCUAUCAUUUCCAGCCAAUCCUGUGAUGCUUGGGCUGAUGGGAAUUGUAGUCCAAGCAUCACCAUAUGGCUUUGCUGGCCUGUGUGCUGCUUAUUGGCAGCAUAUUUCCAGGUCAAUUCUAAUAGAAUCGUAGGGUCAUGGAAUUGUGGAGUUGGAAGGGUCCCAAGGUUAAUCUAGUCCAGCCCCCUGCAGUGCAAAAAUCUCAGCUAAAGCAUCUGUACAGAUGGCCAUCCAACCUCUGCUUAAAAACCUCCAAGUUCACAACCUCCCAAAGGAACUCCCAAAGUUCCACUGUGAGUUCUCACUGUAAGAAGGUUUUCCCUGGUGUUUCGUUGGAAACUCCUCUCUUGUAACUUGAAUCUUAUCCUCCAGAGCAGGAGAAAACAAGCUUGUUCCCUCUUCCAUGUGACAGCCCUUGAGAUGUUUGAAGAUGGCUAUCAUAUCUCCUCUCAGUCUCCUCUGUUCCAGGCUAAACAUACACAGCUCCUUCAACCAUUCCUAAUAAGGCUUGGUUUGAGCUAUGCUCAUGCAAUUCCCUUUUUCAGGAAUUCUGGCAAUGAACCAACACUUUACCUGUAGGUUCUCCAAUAGCUGUGUUAUGGGAGAUUCAUUAUUCUAGGCAUCUAGGUGUCCUCCCACACACCCAUGCUUCUUUUGCAGGGACCUCAAGUGUGGCAAGCUGGUGUGUGAAUAUCCAGGUAAAAAGCCUUAUGCUAUCGAAAAUGCAGCGAUAAUUUAUGCAAAGGUGCAGAAUCGCUUGUGUGUCACUUUGGACUACAUGAAAGGGCCGGGAGUGAAGGACCCAUUCUUGGUUCGUGAUGGCUCCAUCUGUGGGGAUAAUAAGGUAAGGGUCUGAAGCAUGGAUUCUGAAGCAGUCCCAACAGGUUUGAUUUCUGGUCAGGAUAGUGCAGUUCUGUUGGUGUGGACAAAUUGUUGGGGUCUCUAUCCUGCAAAAGUGAACUGGAGCAAACAACUGCUCUGGGAUGUGGUGCAGCAAGGCAAUGGGAUGUGCAUUUGCAAGGGUCUGGUAUAUUCAGUGGCGUGCUGUCUCUCCAUGUUGCCGCUGGCUAGAUCUGUCCAUGAAUUUGUUCAGUCCCUUUUAAAGUCAUCAAAGCUACACACACACACACACACACAUUUUCAAGUUUUCUAUUUACACAACAUACUUUUUUAUCAUGCAUUGUACAGACUUCCCAACCUGUCACUAUAUGAUAUACCCCGUACCCCUCAUGAGGUUACAAUUCCCAGAGUUUUCUGGAAAGAGGGCUUGACUGUUACAUUGUUCUGGGAAUUAUAGCUCUGGAGUGGGAGGAGUAGGGAUCUCUUAACUCUCAGCACCCUUAACAAAACUACAGCUCCCAGAAUUCUUUGGGGGAAGCCAUAAUUGUUUAAAGUGGUAGCAUACUGUAUAGUGCAGAUUUGACCUGUUAUUGUAAUUAUAUACCUCCGUUUAUGAACUGCCCGGUUCACGAACAACUCAGAACCCGAAUGCUGCAAACCCAGAAAUAGAUGUUCCGGUUUGUAAACUUUGCCCCGGAAGCCGAACGUGCUCCCGAGCUUCCGUUUUUCCUGUUGCGCAGCAAAUCUGAGUCCCCCGCAUAGUAAUUAAGCCUUUCCCCUCCCGCUUCUGCCCUUGCACGGCUCGUUUGCAUCCCCCCAUUUUAAUUCAAGCCUUUUCCCUCCCACUUCUCCCCUUGCACUGCUCAUCUGAGUCCCCGUCCCCCCUGUCGUAAUUAAAGCCUUCUGUUUCUGAUUGCAGUGUUCUGAGGUAAUGCUUUUGUUUUUGCUAUUUUUUGCGUUUUUGUUUGCAUGACUUUUUCAUUUUAGUGACUGUGGCUUGUUUUUCGUUUUAUGGCUACCAUCAGUGCAGGUAAGGAAAAAAUAAUUAUUUUAAUUUUUAUCAUCUACAAUACUGUCUUAUUUAUAGUACAGAACAUUGAUUAUUGCUUUCAUUUUAUGGAUCAGUGGUCUUGUUAGAUAGUAAAAUUCAUGUUAAAUUGCUGUUUUAGAGGUUGCUUUUCAUAGUCUGGAACGGAUUAAUCCAUUUUCCAUUACUUUGUAUGGGAAAGCACGCCUUGGUUUAAGAACACUUUGGUUUAAGAAUGGACUUCCAGAAUGGGUUAAGUUUGUAAACCGAGGUACCACUGUAUUGAUAUGCAUUUAUGCUGUUCUGUUCUGAGUCACUUUGGGCACAUUUAUGUAGGAAAGCAGCAUACAAAUAGAAAUAAUAAAUGCAUAUUACCUGUUAAAAUGGAGAUGAUAGGGGUAUAUGGAAAAGGUGUACAAUCCCCCUCUUUCCCUUUGCAUGCAAUCUGUCUCCCCUCCAGUCUCCUCUGUCAGUUACUUAGGUAUGCAUGUGUGUCCAGCCUCAAAGGGCAAAGGUCUCUCAUGGCUAUUAUUCCAUCUGGCUGCGUCUUUGCCUGAAGUGGUCCCAAUUUUAUUUUUUAGGUUUGCAUGACCCAGAAAUGUGUGGAUAGGUCUGUAUUAAAAACAACUUGUGAUCCAGUGAAAAAGUGCAACAGGAAAGGAGUGAGUAAAAGCAACAUUAUUUUCCUAAUAGUAUCAGAUGUCUGGCAUAUUGCUUUGCAAAUAUGUUUAGCAGUCAUCCCCUCUCCAGGGCUACGUGGGAAAGGCAGUUUUUCAAGGAGCAGCUUAGGAGGAGCUCCUUUUAUUCAAUUUAUGCAUCUUUUUACUCAGCCAGAAUGAGACAAGUUACAGGGAUAGCAACAUAUAAAAUAAUAUAAAGAUAGAAUAAGAAUCCUGAUACCAAUGCUGGUGUGCAGAUACCUAUAACAUUUUUUUUAAAAAAGAUUGAUCUAGUAUUUUCCCAUCACACCUGCUGACCUUUGGCUUUCAAAAUUCUGACAUCUGGGUAGAAUCAGUGGUGUAACCUAGGACAGGUCAAGGGGUGGAGCCGGGAGUCUAAUGACCUAUAGUACGGUAUUCUUGAACCUUGUGUCCCUAGGUUGUUAUGUAUUCAGUGGUCUGUGUUUGCCUUAGCUUGAGUCUGAGCUCCUGUGUUCUGAUUCGAUACAUGAUGUCCAAUCACAGAUAUUUCAGGAUUUGGGCCGCUGCCAUUGCCCCUUGAAUUCUGAGUCGCGAUUCGCAGCUUGGAAGUUUAGACAGCCAAUCACGUUGGGAGUGGGAGUGGCCAAGGUUUCCAGAAAUGUAUAUAAGCACUUGCUUUGCUUCUGUUUCCCAGUUAUGUAGUUCAAGAAAGGUUCUUGCUGUUAUCACUGUGUCUUGCCUCGUGGCAACCCACCUACACUUCACUGGCGAUGGAGGUGGGAUGCUAGGCUAGGUAUACAGCCCUGGCUAGCUUCCACGAGCUGAAAUCACUGCUGGGGAACUUUCGCCUCAGCUGAGCUGAAAUCACUAACUGCAGCCACAAGGCAGAUCACACAGAGCAAUUAUCAUUGCCACCCAUGGCUGCAUUGAGGAAUUUGACACCACGGUUACAGGGAAAUGGGACUCCUAUGCCACCUGGCUUGAGUUCUUCCUCAUAGCCAAUAAGGUGACUGUCCCCGAACUGAAGCGGGCUAUGCUGUUCAGUGUGUGGGCCUGCUACAUUUGAGAUUGCCCAGGCUCUGGUGGCCCCAGCCAAACUAAACAAGACAACGUUUGAUGCAAUAAUGCUGAGGCUGAGGAUGCACUUCGCUUCCCAGCCAUCAGAGAUUGCCUGCCGGUAUGCCUUCUACAAAUGAGACCAGGCCUCAGGUGAAUCCACUGUGGCCUUUGUUGCAGCUUUGCAGCAGGCCGCCUGCCACUGCAACUUCAGUGACCUGGAGACAGUGUUCUGUGACUGUAUUGUGUCUGAAGCUACAGCGCCGCCUUCCAGGUUGCCUUAGAUGAGGCCCUGACAGCAGAGACAGCUGACAAAACAACGAGAGAGACUCUCCAAGCGCACAGCCCACCCAUGGCAUGGAAGGCUGAGGCUGUGCAUUCUGAGGAGAUUGUGGACAGUGAGGAAGACGAGGAGGUCCUGAGACUGCUCCUUGACUCAUCCAAGCGUUUUGGCCAACAGGGGUGCCUUGCACCAGUUGUGGGGGCCUGCAUGAACGCCAAUCAUGCUGUUUCCACGACGCCCAGUGUCGGCCAUAUUGCACACACCUGCCAAAUGAAGCAGCAGCACAUACCUCCAGCACACACCCGGCAACCAACGUUAGGAACUGGGGAGGGUCGUUGUGGGAUUUCACGUGUGGAAGAAUGCCACACCAUCACAAACUGUGCCUGCACAAUGAGGCCAGCUGCCAUGUCUAUUCAGAGUGUGCAGCAGCCAACCUGUGACUUCUCAAGUCUCCAGGGGGUCCCAUGCAAAAUGGAGGUUGACUUCAGGUCAGUGCUCUCAAUUAUUUCUGCAGAGACGUACCGUCGCAUCUGCCAGAAGGGAAAAAAACCAGCCUCCUUGGCCUCAAUUGGUUCGAUGCACUGGGCAUCCAUGUCACCAGGGUGCAGCACAUCAGCCAGUUCAGCUACGAGGCCAUCUGUGACGAGUUCGCAGCUGUGUUUCAUGGGGUGUUGGGGUGCAACAAGGGCCCACCAGUUGCACUGAGUCUCAACCUGGCUGUUGUACCGAUUCACAUGAAGGCUCGGUGGGUGCCAUUUGCCCUGAGUUUCUUUCGUUUUGGCUGUUCAGCUGGAGAAGAUGUCUGCUCGAUCUCUGGGUUGAUUUAUGAUGUUUUUCUACUCAUUAAAGACUUCUUUAGAUUAGCAAGAAGCCUGCGUACAGUCUUUGAUUUAUCACCGACACAAGGCACCUUUCUGCUGCUGCAAUACUCUGCUGAGAGCCAGGAAGAGAGCUUGAAGCUCAGAUCGGGACAGGGAAGUGUGCCGGGCUCCAUUACAUUCCUUACAGACCAGCAUUCACCUGGUGACCUAAAAGUGAAACUAAAGAAGUGCCAUGGACAGAUCACUUCCUGGUGCAACUGGACUUCUCCGCGACCCUUCCCCUCUGCAGGGAGGUGGGACCGAUUGGGAUGGUCCGCCCCCACCACUUAAUGGAUCCAAAUGGUUUCCAGAGAGUGGUAGGGGAUGUUUUAUCCCAUGUUGAUGGUCUUUCAGCUGAUGGCCCGUUGGAAUGUAGAGUUAACAAGGGCUAUUGACUGUUUGGCUCCGAAGCACCCUCUCCAAUUGCAUGGAGCCCGGACAGCCCCUUGGUUUUCCACGGAUCUAAGGGCAAUGAAACAAUCGCUGAGAUGGCUAGAGCACCAGUGGCGGAUAACUCAUUCUGAAUCUGACCGGACACGGGUUAGCGCUCAAUGUCAAGCCUACAAGUGGUGAUAGUGACGGCGAAGAAGACCUUCUUCACUGCCUCUAUUGCAUCUGCAGAAAACAGCAGCAGGAGACUCUUUCAGGUGGUUCACAAUUUAGCGGAACCACCUGCUCCAUCGGGGCCCAGUACAGGCCACAUGAUCGCCUGCAAUGGUUUUGCAAAGUUUUUUGCUCAGAUUCAGGAAGAGGUAGACUCUACUGUGGGAACAGGACUGGGACGGGAGAGCGCUAGAGUCCUGUCUAGUCAAGUUGCGUGGGGUCAGUUCCAAUCUGUUACCUCUGAGGAUGUGGACAGGCUGCUUGGACGACUGAAACCAACCACCUAUCUCCUUGAUCCUUGCCCAUCCUGGCUUAUAAAAGCUAGCCGGGAAGGGCUGGGCGAUGGGCUCUGCGGGGUAGUGAAUGCUUCUCUCUGUGAGGGAGCCUUCCCAGACCCGCUGAAAGAGGCGGUUAUCAAACUGCUUCUUAAAAAACCAUCUUUAGAUGCAGCCAAUAUGGCCAACUAUUGCCCAGUCUCUAAUCUUCCUGAAAUAUACUCAGAGUCGCAAAGUGAUUUCAUGCUCUUUAUUCAGCUCAUAGUGGUGAGGAGGAAUGGAAGUCCCCUCAAAGUAUCUGCUUUAUAUACAUUAUUUACACAAUGGGCUGCACGUGAUUGGCUAAUUCCGGUCUUCUCCUGUAGGCCAAUCAGGUUGUGGAUUCACUUCUAUCUGGAGCUGGAUUGGGUGGUUCCUGCCGACCAAUCAUACUACUGCAUUGUUCUAGGACCAAUCAGACUGCUGCAUUUUGGAUCCGAUUCAACUCAGUACAUAACACCCCUCCCCUCUAAGUUCCAGUUCUGCCUGGGAGGUCGCAUUCAUAGUCCUCGAGGUACACCGGCGGCCUACGUGUGCGUUGCGGCCUGGAGUGUUCCCUGGUCUGGGGUUCAGGUUCUGGCUCGUGUUCCAAGGAUGCUGGCUGUGAUGGGGCCGUUUGGUCUGGUACAACCAGCUCACUCAAUCGUGGUUCUGGUUCCGGUGUCCUUUCGGCCUUGCGUGUCCUUUCUGUAUUUACUGAUUCUGCCUCUCUUGCUGGCCCCUCUUGUUCUAUGGGCCUCAUUGCCCCACUGUUCCCUUGGGACUCCUCUGACCUGUCCUCCUCCUGGUUUUCUCCCGGGAAUCGUCGCCAUAUCUGGUCGCAGUGGCGGCGCCAGCAUUGCCCCCCAUCCGUUAGCACCUCGUACGACACGGGGCGAAUGACCCUGGUGACUGUGGCGGGUACCCAUGCUGGGCCUGCCCCAAAAUUCUUUGCAUACACUGGGUCCUGGCCCACGAAGGUCCGGGGGUUCUGGCCUUCCCCCACCACUACCUCAUCCUGAGCUCUAUCGGGGUGAAGGUGGUCCAAUCUGAUUGCAAGGCGCCGACCCAUUAGUAGUUCAGCGGGGCUCCGGCCAGUUGUUGGGCUGGGGAUGCUGUGCUGUGCUAGGAGGAAUGUGGCAAGGCGGUACUCCCAAUCCCCUUGCGUCAUGCGGCGAAGGGUGUCCUUGGUGGUCCGCACCAUGCGUUCUGCUUGGCCAUUGGUGGCAGAGUGGAAUGGCGCCGAACGGAUGUGGUGGAUGGCGUUCUGCGCUGUGAAGGUUUGGAAUUCUCCUGACGUAAAUGCAGUCCCGUUGUCUGAGAUGAGAGUAUCAGGGAGCCCGUGGGUUGCAAACAGCCUGCAUAGUACCCAGAUGGCUGUGGACGUGGAAGUGGACGGUACCAGUGCGACUUCCAGCCAUUUGGUGUAGGGGUCCACCACUAUGAAGAAUGUUUUCCCCUGAAAGGGGCCAGCGAAGUCCACAUGCAGGCGUGACCAUGGUGCUCGGGCAGACUCCCAGGACUGGACUGGGGCCCUUGGAGGAUCUGGGCGGGAUUCUUGGCAGGCCUGGCAGUGUUUGACCCAGGCCUCUAUCUCUCCGUCGAUCCCUGGCCACCACACAUAACUCCUGGCAAGGGCCUUCAUUCUCACUACCCCUGGAUGUGUCUCGUGUAGGGCUGUGAGGACCCUUUUGUGGAGGGGCUGGGGAACAACGACCCUGCUUCCCCAUAACAGGCACCCCUUGUGGGCCGACAGUUCAUGUUUGCGGGUUGUGUAGCUGGCGAAUUCUGGCCCGGGGCUGCUGCUGGGCCAUCCCGUCCACACCCAGUCCAGGACUCGGGAGAUGACUCUAUCUUUCUUGGAAUUGUGUGCAACCUCUUGUGCCUGAAUAGGGCGGUCGGGAAACAGCUCCAGGCUCAUAACCUCUUGUGCAGGUGCUGGGUCACGGCCUGUUUCCAGUAGUGGUAGCCUGCUGAGGGCGUCCGCAUGGCCCAUCGCCUUCCCAGGGCGGUGAAUCAGUGCAUACUGGUAGCUGGCAAGGAAAAUUGACCACCUGAGGACGUGAGGAGACAGUACUCGGGGGGUCUGCUUUUCGGGGGCAAACAAGCCAAGCAAUGGCUUGUGGUCAGUCACCACGGUAAAGGGCCGCCCGUACAAGAAAUCAUGGAAUUUUUUUUACUCCCUUCACGAUUGCCAGACCCUCCUUGUCGAUUUGUGAGUAGUUCCGCUCAGUUGCGUUGACUUCCUUAAUUCUCUCAUUACAGAAUAAGGAAGCGUCUCGUACAAUACCUGCUGUUGAGCAGUUCCUGGGUUUGUAUAGGUGAUAGGGAAAGCAGAUGGCAUUUCACCAGCCCAUUCAGACUCUUCCUCUAAGGACAGGAGCCCUUUUUGCCUAGCCAGAGAGAGCGCAGCGCGCACAGCUCCUGUAGAGCACGCAGGGGCUGUGGCAGGCGAAGGAGGGAUGGGGGGGAGGAUGUGGGCUGAGACGGUUGAGGCGUAGGGAGGGGUUGGCAGGGUUGCGAAGGAGGCAAAAGCUUUGGGUAAGGUGGGGGAUUGUCUGCAAUGGCUAAAAGGGCAGGGGCCGAAGGAGAUGCCUGAGGUCCUAAUUUAGCAACGGCAUCUGCACAUUUCUGCCAAGUGAGCAGACAAUGAAUCAGAGCCCUCGGUUCUGCAAAGAGGGUUUUUCUGAUCUUCUGCCAAGUUUCUAUCCCCAAAGAACCUGUUUCAGGGUACCAGGGGCACUGGCAAGCAAUCUCACAUAACAAUGUUUCAAUUUCUUUUAAAGAAAUAUGAGCACCCGCCACCCGCUGUCUAACGAGAUGGAGGAAUUCUUUGGCAUGCUCCUUUUGGAAUUUAGUCAAUCCCCCCCCCCAUACUCACGAAAUAGUGAGACUUUUCCAGUCCAGUGAAGUAUGAGGCUGCGUAAAGGGAUCUGGCACGUCGAGGUCACCAGAUGUUGGGUUGAAAUAACGACAGAUGAGUAGCAAGUGUCAUGUGAGAGGCAUCUCUCGAGCAAGUCCCGAGGAGACUCUUUUAUUGAAUAUUACAACAUUGCCACAGGUGCGCUCGUUGCUGAUUGGUUGACAUAAAUACAAAGCAACUUGUUGCUGAUUGGUUAACACAAGUACAAAGCACAGGUUACAUAUAGGCAUUAAUCACCAAUAGAUUAAAGGCUGGGAAAGGGAGCACAGAACUAGACAGGUAUGAAACCUCCUAAUUAAAUUAUAACUAGUGAUUGAUAUAGCAAGACUAAAACAAUUACUAAUGAUUGAUCAUAACAUGAAAGAAUAUAAUAAUCGCGUCCCGUAGAUGUGGUCAACUAUGCAUUAAGAACAGGUCAGAGUAUAAUGUUUUCAUGAACUUAAUAUGAACUGAACAUCCUAGGGAGAUGAGGGAAUGUCUUGGUAUUUAGAACGGGUUGUGCAGCAUGUGCAGAAGCAGAGAAAAGCUUAGAAGCAAGGAAAAGUAUGCCACCGGUACCUCUCUUCCAUCCGGGAGUUGGUGUCCCAGGACAGCGCUGAUGCCAUAGGGCAAGGCGUCGCAUGCUAGCACCACCGGCAGCCUCUCGUUGAAGUGUGCCAAGACCGAGUUUGAGACAAGCAAGUUCUUGACUGCCUGGAAUGCGGCCUCCUGGCGCUGGCCCCACACCCAAGGGGCCCGCUUGUCCAGGAGUCUGUGUAGGGGCUCUGCUACCGCCGCCUUGUGGGGAAGGAAGGAAUGGUAAAAGUUCAAUAGUCCCAAGAAGGCCUGAAGUUCAGUCUUGCUCUUGGGUGCUGGGGCAUCACAAAUGGCCCAUACCUUGUCCCCAGUCAGGCGGACCCCUUCUGCGUCCAUCAUAAAUCCCAGAAAGUCUACCUGAGGCACUCCUAGUAGACAUUUUUCCCGCUUCACCUUGAGACCCGCCGUCUGGAAACGGUGCAGAACGGUGCGGAGGCGGUCCUCAAACUCCUCUGGUGUGGGCCCCGCAAUCAACACAUCAUUGAAGAAGGGGGUGACGCCAGGAAUCCCUUUAAGGAGAGAGUCCAUUAGAUUCUGGAAUAUGCCUGGUGCCACACUGACACCGAAUUGCAGCCGCUUUACCCUGAAUGCUCCUCUGUGCGUCACAAUUGUCUGUGCCUCUGCUGUGGCCUCAUCUACUGGCAGCUGUUGAUAUGCUUGGGCCAAGUCCAGCUUGCCAAAAUUUUUUGACCCAGCCAGGGUGGCAAGGACAUGGCUGACCACUGGCACUGGGUAUGCGUUGGCCGUGAGGGCCUUGUUUAUGGUACAUUUGUAGUCUGUGUAGAUGCGGACUGAACCAUUAGGCUUGACGGGUGUGACGAUUGGGGUUUCCCAGGGGGCAUUAGGCACCUGCUCCAGCACUCCUUGCUCCAUGAGCUGGUCCAAUUCCUCGUCUAUGCGGGGUUUCAGGGCGAACGGGACCCGGCGGGCCUUGAGCCUGACAGGUCGUACUGCAGGGUCAAGCUGUAGAGCAAUGGGGGGGCCCGUAUACUGUCCCAAUUUCCCAUCGAAAACCCCCAGGAAUUCCUUGCAUAUGGCGUCCACGUCCACUUGUAAGCUAGUGUGGUUCACCCCGGUGACGGCUAGCCCCAGUGGUCCAAACCAUGCCAAUCCCAGUAAGCUAAUGUAGGGGCCCUUGACCACAAGCAAGUCCAGUUGCUGCAUCCGCCCUCGAUAUUGCACCCUGAAGGUCCCCACCCCCAUUGUGGGGACCUUACGUUUCUGGAAGUCCCAGAGGGUGAAUGGGGCCGGCCGGUUUGGGACCCCCAGUAGGACACAGUUUCCUUAAGGUCCUUGCCGAGAUUAUGGAUAGAGUUGAACCCGUGUCAAGCUCCAUGCGGCACGGGGCCCCCUCUAUCUGUACCUCUACAUAAAUUUUCUCUAUGUUGGGGUGGGGCAACUGGUAUACCUGGAAGUCCGUGAGCUCCGUUGAGUUGCCUUGGUGCGUUGGGCCCCGGGACCUGGGGCUCUUGGAUUGGUCAUCUGAUGUCUGGUGUCGGGUGGGCCGAGCCUGACACACCUGGGCGAUGUGUCCCGAUUUUCUGCACUGCCUGCACUCUGCGUUGUGGAAACGGCAGGUCCUCCUCUCGUGACUUUCCCUGCAGCUUGCACAGUUCCCUCCUUCUCGUCGAGGCAGCUGUGGUAUGUGUGCUGCUUGAGUGUGCUGCUGUACUCGGUGCACCUCCUCCCUGUCAGAUCCUGAGUCGUCGGUAGGGUCUUCAUGGUGGACCCUCGGUUGGGACGGCAGGCUCGGCCGUGCCUCUUGCGUCGACCUCUCGGCAGCUUCCGUUGCCAGGGCGACCUGGAACGUUAGGUCCUUCUUAGCGUAGAGGCGUCGUUGCAGCUUCUCAUCCUUCAGGCGACCGACGAGGCGGUCACGAAGCAUGUUCUCCAACUCUGAGAAGUUGCAGAACCGGGCGGCUUGGCGGAGAGAGGUCACAAACCCAGUUAUGGUUUCCCCAGGGGCUUGCCGCUUUGUGUAGAAGGCAUUUCGACGAGCCACCACUGAGGGCUGCGGCGAAAAGUGCCCCUUCAGCUGUUCCAUUAUUGUUUUGUAUGGAACAGUAGCGACGUCUUCAGGCGCAAGGAGAGCCCGGGCGAUUUCAAACGUCUCCUCUCCGCAGACGCUGAAGAAUAUCGCCCUCUUCUUGGCGUCUUCUUCGUCGGUGACCCCUUUGGCUUCUAGGAGGAAGGUGAAACGGGAGGUGUACGCUUCCCAGUCUCCAGAUGCUGGGUUGAACGGCGAGAAGCUGCUGUCGGUUGCCAUUCUGAGUUCCUUGUGUCCCGGAGCUGAAGUCUGGAUACACGGUGCGAGGCAGCGGUGCGGCAGGUGGCGGUGCUGCGGUGCUGUGUGUAGCAGUCAGCUCAGCGGGAUCCCACCUUCAUCGCCAGUGAAAUAUACUCAGAGUCGCAAAGUGAUUUCAUGCUCUUUAUUCAGCUCAUAGUGGUAUCUGCUUUAUAUACAUUAUUUACACAAUGGGCUGCACGUGAUUGGCUAAUUCCGGUCCUCUCCUGUAGGCCAAUCAGGUUGUGGAUUCACUUCUAUCUGGAGCUGGAUUGGGUGGCUCCUGCCGACCAAUCAUACUGCUGCAUUGUUCUAGGACCAAUCAGACUGCUGCAUUCUGAAUCCUAUUGUUCUAGGACCAAUCAGACUGCUGCAGUUUGGAUCCUAUUCAACUCAGUACAUAACACUUCCAUUCUUGGGCAAGGUGAAUGGCAAAGGUUCUUGCUGUUAUCACUGUGUCUUGCCUUGUCGGAACCCACCUACACUUCACAGGUAUUUCUGGACUGCAACUCCCUUAAUACCCAGACAGAUUAGGCAAUGAAAAACACUGUUCUAGCAGAAGCAAACUUAAUUUGUUUAUAGUCCCAUGGGUGGUGUUUGCAGUUUAACUGGGCUGAACCUUUGCUUGUAUCCAGUGUGCAGUGAAGAUGUUGCUCAGUGAAGGAAGUGAUUGUGGGAAAUCAGUUCCCCAUGGUUGCUACAACAAGGUGUUGUGUUGCUCUGCCUCCAUACAGCUUGUAUAACUAAUUGUCGGGGCCAGAAUUUAACUGUUGGUCAGGGCUUGCCUCACUCCGUGUGUGGCACUUUGCAAGCAAAGCCCCAACAACCAGCUGAUUGUUGCCAAGAGAGCACCUGUCAGAUUUGACCUGCUUGAAGUUGGGGAGAUAAGGAUCAGGCCCACUGGCUGGACCUAGUUCCCCAUCCCUGAUUGAACAGAAACAGCAACUGCAGACGAAGCACAGAAAAGCAUCCUGGCAUUUCCAGAACAAUCCUGUAAUGGCAGAAAUAUAUGGAGUGAGUGGAGUAGUCAGGAUGAAAGUUGGGCUUCAUCAAACAUUCUUUGGAAGCACUCAUCUCAAAUGCAUUUACCCUUUGUUGGAAAAAAGUAACUGUCUGUCUUCCUGAGAGGUCACUGAUAGUGGCUUGCCUGGUGUUAGGAUAGUGAGCCACAGUUUUGGGAGGGCUCCUGUCACAGCUGCAAUGGAGGUAUAAAAGCAGGACUUGUUGAAUUGCCACCUGCUAGUCAAGUUGGUGGAGCCCUGCUUGAGGGAGGGGGCAUAUAACAACCAGAUCUGGGAGAUUACUAUGUGUGAGAUGGGAAAAGAACUGAAGAUGGCAGCCUUCCCCAUGCUAGUGUCUUCAAGAUGUUGGAUGAUGAAGACUACUGGGGGAUGGGUAGUCAUGGCAGAUCGAUUGCCUCUCAUCAGUGGCUGGCUGAUGAGAGAUAACUGCAUGGCAUAUACAGCCAGAUAUAUUUCCCUUUUUUCAAUAUUUUUUGGUCAAACAUAGGAAGUUGUUUAUUGACAAGGUAGACCAUUGAACUGCCUACAUAAUGGCUCUCUAGUGUUUCAGGCAGAAGUCUAGCCUAGCUGUUAGAUGCCAGAGCAUUGAACAAAGCUUGGAAUUUCCCAUUGUGCUACAGUCCCUUCCUAAGGUGAAAUUAUGGUUGCAAAAGCCCUCAGAGUGGCAGGUUGUAUAUAUAUAUAUAUAUAUAUAUAUAUUAAAAUAAUCUUUAUUGCUUUUUAAACUUACAAGAAAAGAAAAAAGAAGAAAAGAGGCUAGAGAGAAAGACAAAAUAGAGCAGAGAAGAAGAAAAAGGAGAGAAAAGAAAAAACAAUACAAUAAACAAUACAAAACACAACCUUAACACACUAAACUAAACAAAGCAAAACAACAAUUUAAAAACAUAUACCAUACCAUUUCAUUACUCUGUCUUUCAUUCCCUUAUUUCAUCGACCUCCUCUCACCUCCCUUUUUGUAUUCCACUUCUAUUACUUGUUUCAGCAAUUCCUUUCCAUCUUUCUCUAUUUUUAUCAUUAUGAAUAUCUUAACAUAUUUUUUACCUUAUUUUCCAUUAAUACUGAAAUACUUAUUUAUGCCUAACUCCUUAUAACAUUUCUGCUAAAGCCAUAAAGUUUCAUUCCAACAAUUUUCUAACACUCAUUAAAUUUACAAUAUUUCUAUAUAUAAACUUUAAACUUUCCCAAUCUUCUACCACCAUCUCUUCUCCCUGGUCUCGGAUUCUGCCAGUCAUUUCCGUCCAUUCCAUAUAGUUCAUCAACCUGGAGAUCUUCUGUCCGAGGCUCUUAAAUCUUUUCCAAGUCCCUUCUGCAGUUUUUUUUCAUAUUCUUUGAUGCUGAAGAUGCUGAAGCGCAGGUCUUGGGGGGGCCCCGACCCAACCAUGCCCCCAUUCCCUCUCGACAGACCAACCAACUCUCCACAGCUAAAACCAAUGUCCAUACAAUAUCUCAAAUCAUGUUUCAAGGCUCCUCCAGAUCCAAAGGCCCCCACAACUCCAAUCACCUCCUGACCCAGAUUCAGGACCCAAAGGUCAGUAAAUCUCUGCAUGAAAGAGUCUAUCCAACCUUCCUUCUCCAAUCCAAGCAGGGCUCCAAUCUUCAAAUUCUGACUUUUUCUAUAUUCAUUCAUAAAAGGCCUCCACUUAUAGUCCUCAAUUUGCCUCUGUAAGACUGGGGCUUCCACUUGUAUUAUUUUAGGUUCAACAACACCAACAUUCUCCUUCGUCUUCUCCCUAGUUUGUCCUGUCAAAGUAGGUUCCUGUGUCAAAUCCUGAACAAUUUCUGUAUUAAUGGUCACUUUUUGUUCCAAAUUAAUCACUUUUUGUCCCAAGUUCUCAAGUUUGGUAUUCAUAGCAUCCGUCUUCUUGUGGAGCUGUUCCAACGAAUAGCUUAUCUUACAUAAUACAGUCACUAAGGCUCCUUCUGUCAACAUUCUUAAAAUCCAAGGUCAAUCUCUAUUUCACACAGUUCUUAUCUUGCAGCUGGAAAACCCCCAGCUCCACUCUUGUAACAGUUUCAAAAGCUCCCUCUAGAGGGAAACAGUCUCCACUUGUAUCAAUCCUUUUAAACACAAUUUAAACUAUAAAGUUAGUUUCAGUUUUCAUUACUUUUCCUACUUUUUAAACGCAGAUGAGGACAAUGGAAACAAUAUAUUUCUCUUAUUUAGUUAGCUGUCAAAAAACGUCACUCUUUCUGGCAGCCCGUUUCCAGGUUCGGAGCAGUGGUAAUUUGGUUUUUCACUCUCUCCUGCAGGCUCACUAGGUCCAAAAUUUCCCCCCUCUUCUCCUGCUUCCAAGGGGGGUUUAAUAGUUUUAACCGAUGGAGAUUUAAUCCUUUACAAAAAUAAACUUUCCAAGGCUUUAACUUGCAACUUCUUUGCUUCAAUCUGUUUACAAAAAAGGAAGGCGGACUUCCUGUUUAAAACCUUCCCGUUUUGAUGCCAAAUUAAUGAAUUUAAGGAUCUAAUUUUCUGUUCUACUCACGGCUAGUUGUUUAAAAUCCAAUUGUCCACAGGAAAAAGUCAGCGCUCUCCGGCAACAGCGAUGCGGCUUCACUCCGUGAAAGAAGCAGUCAAUUCGAAGCACCGCGCCGCUCACCCCACUUCGCUCUGGAUCCCCAAAUCAGGGUUUCCCCGCAAGUAGGGGAGGCACAAAGGGUGCCAGCCGAAUCCCAAGUUCACAGGUUUCUCCCGCCUGUGAUUUCAGUGGGUCUCCGCCUUCGCCAUGGCGGUCAGACCCUAAUUUCCACGGAGCAAAUUCCUCCUGAUCGGAGGAACUCUGCCAUUGCCUGGAGGCGCCAAACCGGAAGUAGCAGGUUGUAUAAACCCUGGCAAAAAUUAAAGGAAUUGCUCAUGGAUCAUAAGUACCAAGUUGUUAUGUGCUUAUAUAUCAUAUAUCUUCUGCAAACCUUCAUAAUGGCAAAACAGAUUCAAAUUAUUGUUUUAGUCAAGUAUGGCUUUAAAGUAUGUCACUAUUUGAACUGAUGGGGAUAACUCUGAGUGGAUGCUAGUCCCCAAUACUCAUUCAAACUUCUCCAAGUUGCAUCCUAAAUUCUUUGGGUCUUGCUAACACUUGAAAACACUUGAGGUGUCUCAAGAAAUAUCAGAAUCUCUCAAAUAUGAAUUAAUUCCACAUAUUAAUAAUUUUAACAUAUUUAAAAUUGUCCAGGGCAUUUUUUGGGGGGGGUGGACUCACUUCGGACAAGGAGCAGAGUCAAUAGAUUAACCACUUGUGCUUUGCAUAAAGCUUUUUCCCUCAGAGAGAUAGAUAAGAUUCUUGAAGGAUUUUCUUCCCAGGCUUGGGAGUUUAAAAGAUGGGGGAAAUUAAAACUGUUCUUGCUGGGUUGAAUUUCUGUAAUAAAGAUGAAUAUAUUGUCUGGAAUGAUGUUCCUGUUCCAAACUUUUUAAAAUCUUUUACCUCUUGUUUUACCUUUUAUCUCUUGUUCCAAACAAUACCUGUUAUAGUUAAUAACAAUGGAAAAACAAUGGAAAAAAUAUACCCAGGUUUUUAUGGCAAAGGAAAAAACCAUGGGUUAUAAGAUGUAAAGGAAAGGGGAGGAUUAAGUGUACCAAAUCUCAAAUUGUUUCGUUUAAUGUGGAUGAAGGAGUGGUUGACAUCAAUGAGAUUACAAAAUCAAAGGAACAAUUAAUAAUGGAAGGUUACAAUCUUCAUUCGUUCCCUUAUAUGCCAUCAGUAGAGAGGUUUAAGAUGGAUUUUAAAAAAUGGUAUAGAGAAAGAAAAGACAGACUUUGAAACUGACCUGUGUGCUGAUGAUGAACAUGUUAUUGCAAAAAUGUAUAAACUGGAGUACUGUGUCCAGUUCUGGGCACCACAGUUCAAGAAGGACACUGACAAACUGGAACGUGUCCAGAGGAGGGCAACCAAAAUGGUCAAAGGCCUGGAAACGAUGCCUUAUGAGGAACGGCUAAGGGAGCUGGGCAUGUUUAGCCUGGAGAAGAGGAGGUUAAGGGGUGAUAUGGUAGCCAUGUUCAAAUAUAUAAAAGGAUGUCACAUAGAGGAGGGAGAAAGGUUGUUUUCUGCUGCUCCAGAGAAGCGGACAUGGAGCAAUGGAUCCAAAAUACAAGAAAGAAGAUUCCACCUAAACAUUAGGAAGAACUUCCUGACAGUAAGAGCUGUUCGACAGUGGGAUUUGCUGCCAAGGAGUGUGGUGGAGUCUCCUUCUUUGGAGGUCUUUAAGCAGAGGCUUGACAACCAUAUGUCAGAAAUGCUCUGAUGGUGUUUCCUGCUUGGCAGGGGGUUGGACUCGAUGGCCCUUGUGGUCUCUUCCAACUCUAUGAUUCUAUGAUUCUAUGAUUCUAUUCUAUGAUUCUAUGUUGUUGAAAUUUGAAACUGAAGAGGAAAAGGUUUAAAAAAUGCAUGACAGAAGAGAAACUAGUUUCAGUGAGGGUUAAAAUUGAUGAAAAUGUUAAAAUCACAGCAGAGGUAUCAACCCAGGUGAAUAAUUUGAUACAAAGAGAAAAAUUGCUUCGCUGAACUCGACUAUAACCGUUCUAGGGGUGCAGCAAGUAAUCCAAAGAUCCAAAAUAGGGAAGACACCGGGCCCUGAUCGGCUUCUGGCAACUUAUUAUAAAAAACUAGAGGAAUCAUUAUUCUUACCUGUGAAAGAUACAAUGAACGAUUUUACAAAACUGAAAGUUACCAAAUUCAUGGAAUAAAAGUUUCAUCACCCUCAUUCAUAAACAAGGAACAGAUCCCUCAAUUAUUGCAAACUAUAGACCCAUCGCCUUGUUAAAUAAUGAGUAUAAGACAUUUAUUGACAUCAUAGCAAACAGACUAAAGCAGUCCUAAAUGACUUAAUUCAUAAAGAUCAAACUGGAUUUCUUCUAGGACGUCAUAUGCAAUCCAACCUUAGAUAUGUAAUUAAUGUUUUAGAAUACCUAGAUUGUAAAAUUGAUAAACUGCAGCUUUAAAUGUUGGUUGAUGCUGAAAAGGCUUUUGACCACAUUUCCUGGAAGUUUAUGAAAAACUUAAUACAAGAAAUUGGACUUGGUGAAAAUCUCUGUAAAGGAAUAAAUGCCAUCUAAUUGGAACAAUCGGCUAAAUUAAUCAUCAACUGCAAAAUCACAGAUGAAUGUAAGAUAAACAAAGGAACUCGGCAAGGGUAUCCAUUGUCACCCCUGAUAUUCAUCCUGGUGAUGGAGGUUCUGAAUAUCCAGAUACGGAAAGACCAGCUUGUUAAAGGAAUCACCUUGAGGAAUAAGGCAUAUAAACUCAAGGCCUUUGCCAAUGACAUACUCAUUAUGACAGAAAAUCCUGUCGAGAGUGCUGGAACUGAUUAGAGACUUUGGAGAAGUGGCAGGCUUCAAAGUGAAUACCAUUAAAACAAAAUCCUGGUGAAAAAUGUAUCAAAUUUGGAAAAGGAGAAGUUAGAAAAAAACAUUGGGCCUAAAGAUAUGCAAUAAAGUAAAAUAUGUAGGUAUUUGGAUUACCUCUAAAAAUAUAAAUCUGUUUCAGGAUAACUAUAUGAAAAUUUGGCUCGAGAUUAAAAGAAAUCUUGAGAUAUGGAGCAGGUUGAAAUUGUCAUUUCUGGGCAGGAUCUCCAUUAUAAAGAUGAAUGUGCUCCCAAAAUUAAUAUUUCUAUUUCAAAUGAUCCCUAUACUGGGUGGAGCGGGCUGCCUCAAAAAUUGGCAAAAAGAAAUUUCCAAAUUUUUAUGGUUAGGGAAAAGACCUAGAAUUAAACAUUUAUUUUUAAUUGACAUAAAAGACAGAGGAGGCUUCUCCCUACCUGACCUGAAAUUGUACAAUGAAGCGGCCUGCCUUAUCUGGUUAAAGGAAUGGUGUUCGCUGCAGUACCCAGACCUCUUAGAUUUGGAGGGUUAUGAUAACCGAUGGGGACGGCACACAUACUUAGCGGAUGGGAAAGCAAAAGUUCAUAGGAAUUUUUCAAACCAUAUUAUUAGAAAAUCCUUAGUGACGGUUUGGGAGAAGUAUAAAAACCUGCUCGAACCCAAGGUUCCCUGGUGGAUCUCGCCAAUAGAGGCGAAGGUGGUCAAGAGAAAAAAUACCCAGGGACCCUGGGUAUAUAAAGUAUAUAAAUAUAAAGUACACCUAAAGGAGGAUAAUAACCAACUGAAAUUAAAAAGCUUCAGGGAAAUAAGAGAGUGCCUUUUUGAUUGGUUUCAAUAUCACCAAUUAUUUGAGACAUUCAAAAUUGACAAACAAAAGGGUUUUUCCACUGGGACCUCUAGAUUUGAAUCGGAUUUGGUGAACUCCAGAAUUAAAACACUUUCUAAAGUAUACUGACGCCUCCUUGACUGGGAAGUCAAGGAGGAGGAGGUUACAGCGGCUAUGAUUAAGUGGUCGCAGGAUUUUGGGUACUCAAUAACAAUGAAGCAGUGGGAAAACCUGUGGAAAACAAACUGGAAUUUUACAGCCUGUUACACUCUGAGAGAGAAUUUUCUUAAAAUGCAGCAUCAGUGGUAUUUAACCCCUUGGAAAUUGUCCAAGAUGUUCAAAAAUGCCCCAAAUAACUGCUGGAGGUGAAAAGAAAAGCCAGGUAAAGAACUCAAGGUAUUUUGGGAGGACAUCCACAUAGAACUGGAAAAAAAUGUUAAAGAUAUCUUUCAAUAGGAAACCAGAAGCUUUGCUUUUGGGAAUCACAGAUUCAGAUAUUCCUAAAAAGGCCAAAGAGAUCUUCUUAUAUGCUACGGUAGCACAAGAGUUCUCAUUGCGGCAAAUUGGAAAAGUGAUAAAGUCCCGUCAAUAUUAUAAUGGUCACAAAUUGGCUGAAUACUCAAAAUUAGAUAGCAUGUCAGAAAAAAUAAAAAAUAAACCAAAACAGGUAUUUAUCUCAAAAUGGGAAGUUUUUAAAAUAUAUUAGUCUAGUUAGUCUAAGGUCAUUUGCUGCAUUUGAAUAAUUUCAGUAGCAGUAUUAAGAAUGUGGUAAAACCUAUGAAUAGAUCAAAGGAUAUUAAAUUUGAACAAAUAAUACAGAAUCUGUAAUAAGGAAUAGACGGGAAGUCUGGUCAAUAGAAAAAGACCACUUUUAUUUUAUGUUUUGAAGGUUAUUAGUUGAUGUAUUAAUUCUCUUCUUUUUGCUUUGGCGGUGAUGGAAAUUUAUUUUCUUUUUCUGUAUGUUGUGUUAAUGUGAAUGGUAUGUGAAUGGUAUCAAUAAAAUUAAUUUUAAAAAUGCAUGAUUUAAUGGGGAAGAAAUUUUUGUUAGAAUAUACAGAUGGAACAAUGGGAACAUAUGUGGACUAAGGGUUUAAAAUUUACAUUGUGUUACGAUCGUAAAGAGAAUUUCCAUAAAAUGAUGUAUCAUUGAUAUUUAACUACUAAGAAACUAUUCAGAAUGUAUAAAGAUGUUUUAAAUGUUUGCUGGAAAUGCCAAGAACAUGAAGGGACUUUUUUUUCAUGCAUGUAAAAAGGCUAAAAAAUAUUGCAUACAAAUACAUCCAUUGAUACAGCAGAUUUUAAAGGUUAAUGUUCAUCUGAAGUCAGAAUUCUUUUUUUAAGGUUAAAUAGUUACACAACUGGAAAAGGAUUAUGGAAGAUUACUCCAAUGGGAUUAUUGGAGAUUGCUAUAUGCACAAAGAUGGAAAGAUGCAGAAUGACUUGGUUCAGAUGGGAAAGUUAACAUGUUUAAUUAGCGAAAACAUUGGAAAUUUCUUAUGUAAAUACUAGUUUACACAAGACAGAAAAUAGAAUAGUUUGAUCUUAAUGAGUAAAUACUAUAUAUAGCAGCAGGACAGAGAGCUGGAAGUCCUUUUAUCUUUUUAAAUUUUUCCUUAAUCUUUUAUUUCUCUUUCUCUUUCUUUAGGUUUUACUUUUCUUUUUGUUUUCUCCUUUGUUCUUUUUUAGAUAGCUGUUUAUUUUAGCAUAUUUUUUUAGUAGCUGUUUAUUUUAGCAUAUUUUAGCAUAUUAUAAAAAGAUACUUUGUAAUGGGUUUGUAUUUUUCUAUAUCUUUGAAUAAGCAGGGGCAAAACUAGGCUUUAUUUCACCCGGGUCAAAGACCCAGUUUGGCUCAAAUCACCCACACACAUUUGUGUACACACACAGUCUCAAUAGUGCCCCACUGGAGGCUUCACACAAAGCAAAAAAAACCCUGGCUACCCCCCCCCCCCCCCCCGCUAUGGCUCUGGAAUAAGUAUCUUUGUUUUGUUUUAUUUUGUUUUGUUUUGAUUCCAACUCCAUUGAGCUCCAUUCUGCAUGGCCAUGUUGACUUCAGCUGUUGGAAGCAGUAAUCCAAAACAUUGAAAGGGAUAUCUUGGGAAGUCUUGACUCUGGUAAAUAAAUUAUUGUGGCUUCCUUCCUCCCCUUCCCAUGCAAUCCAGGUAUGCAACAAUAAAGGAAAUUGCCACUGCAAUAUGGGAUGGGCCCCCCCUGACUGCAUGAUGGAAGAUAGAGGAGGCUUGGGUGGAAGCAUUGACAGCACAUUUCGAAGUGGUGAGUUGGUUUCUUGGUUUGUUUUUAAAAAUAACUUUAUUAAUUUUAGUUCAUAUUUGUCCAUAAGCAGAAUGAGUUUUAAACAAUAUAUCAUGUGGAGGAUUGUUUGGCACAUAAAGGUAAAGGUAAAGGGACCCCUGACCAUUAGGUCCAGAGUCAUGACCGACUCUGGGGUUGCGGCGCUCAUCUCGCUUUAUUGGCCGAGGGAGCCGGCGUACAGCUUCCAGGUCAUGUGGCCAGCAUGACUAAGCCACUUCUCAAGACGGCUUACUAUAUGAAAGAUUUACAUAGUUACAAAUGUAGCAAAUGUAGCAAAGUAGUUAUAAAAAUAAAUAAAACAUUAAAAGCUUCAUAAUCAAACUGAACAAUUUCCACAUAAAAAUAAAGAUACAAAAAGUUAAUAUCAGUAAUAUCAGUUAAUAUCAGUAACAACAGCAAAACUUUUCCCAAAAUACCCCAGUCCUUGCUGGGCAGCAGCCGCAGCAGCAGUCCUUAUGAGGCCAGUCAGGCCCCGCCCUGGGCCAGGUGGAGAGAGGCAGGAAAGGGGCCAUCAACAAUCAUCUGCAGAAAAAGUGCUUCUGUCAGCCCCCUUGGCUGCUUUAGUGCAGCCAAUCCCAGCUGAUUGUCAGGACUUCACAUUUUUCUUUCUUAAGAUGGAUGCUGUCUAGGCCUGGUGAGUUCUUAAUUUUAAGUUUGUUGGUCUGUCCAAAACUUAACAUCAGUUGAACGCAGUUCUUUGGCCCCUGCCCCUGCAACUUUUGCAGGAAAGACAGAUCCAAGUCUCUGACUCCUGCUCUGGCAGGAGUGUAUAACAUUCUUAUUUUAUUUUUUAUUUUCCUUGCUAGCUGCAACUGUAGAUGAAACUCUCAACGUUGGUACAGCUACAAGAAACUGGCUCCUGAUUAGCUUUUUCCUUUUCCUGCCUGUCCUGAUUGGCUCGGUCAUCUUGAUCAUAAAAUUGAGGGACUUUUUCUCAAAUGUGAAAGGGGAGGAGGAAGAGGAGGAAGAUGCAGAAGAGGAAGAAGAGGAAGGAAAAGGUUAUGAUAUGAAAAGGUAACUUGGCUUUGUUUGCCUAAUGAUCAAAUUGGUGCGUCUGGUGCAAAUGUGCUUCCCAACUUUUCCCGACCCCACACAGUUGUUCCUUUUCCCAGAGGUGUAUGCCACUUCUGUAACCUGUAAAUGCAGUUUCUCUUUUUUAUAUACAUAAUAAUUUUUUUUGGUUUUACAAUUUAGUUUUUCAUUCACACAAAAAGAAAAAUACAAUCCAAAAACAUAGACUUCUCCAAAUUCUCUGACUUCUAUCCUCCCUUUCGUGGGGUCCACUAAUAAUCAUUUCCCCUGCAUAUUAUCACUGCAUAUUAUCUUACCUAUUUUCUCCUCUAAAUACAGUUUCUCAGUCUGCUGCCAGGGCAAUAAACAGCUGUCCUCCUUGCAACUGCACAGUAGACCAACUCACAGCAUGUUGCCUCUCACCAUCCCAACCAGUGGUGGAGUGAAUGCAAAUGCUUUGUGGGACAAGUGCAUGGGCACCCCUGAGGGGGGUGGGGUGGAACGAGGGAGACCCCUUUGGCUUGGCUCACAAUGCAGUGCAGGGGGUGCACUUGCACACCACAGUCCAGGAGCAUGGGCAGCAGUGUUGCUGCCCACUCUCCUCUCUCUGCUGGAGCUUCCGAGCCGCCAGGUGCCUCACAUGCCUCAGCCUCUCUCCCCUAGGUCUGGCUUGACCCCUUGACUUGUUGGGCCAUUGUGUGAGGAAGCUGUUUCUGCAACUCCUCCAUUCGCUGUCGCAUGGGUGUAGCCAGGGGGGGCAGCUGCCCCUCCAAAUCAAUAAAAAUCAAUAAAAAGACAUAGCAAACUGAGGUUCUGCACCCUAUAACAAAAGACCUGCCCUCCCAACAAAAAUCUUGGCUACACCCAUGCGCUGGAGCCAGACUCUGAUGAGGGAGCCUGUUGUGGGGGCACCUAGUCACGCCGUCUCAGACAAAUGCACCCUGGGCCAUGUCCUCCCACCCCUCCCCCCACACUAUGCAACUGAUCCCCCCUCCAGAGAUAGCUUGCAUGGUACCUCCCUGAUGCUGCUACCCCUGGAGCCACCCUGGACUCUUUUGGGAAGAGGGGAAGGAAUAAAUAAAAUAAACCAGUUGUGAUUCAGGUAUCAGACUGGGCUGAGUGAUGCUUCUGAGAUUCCCUAGCAGCACAUUUUACACCAUUGAACCUUCUCUUCUGCCCACCUAUUGGCAGGAGGGGACCAGUACUUUAGACAUGACACUCCCCACCCCGACAGAUUCAGUGUGGUGAGGUGAAUGCAUCCAGUCUGGUGCUUUUGUUUAUCUCAAGACUCACAGGGAGAGAACUCACACUUUAGUCUAUGAUUAGGGGAAGAAGACAAGCCUUCCCUAACAAGCAAUUUUCCUAAAGUUCAAACUCCCCCUCCCACACACACACGGGGGAACAAACAUGCAAUCCCACCAUUACCUAAAGCAGGGGUGAGGGGCCAUUUUGAAGCCAAGGGCCAGUUUCCAGGGGUCUAAUGCUAGUGGAGGGCAUAGCCAGAGGCAGAAAGUAGGUCAAACAACUUUGACUCUUAUCUUUGUACAUCAGGUCACACAUUCCUGACACACACAAAAUCAGAGGUUUAAAUGCAAGCACAUGCAUUCUUUCCAUCACAUUUCAAUGGGGGGAGGGGGAGGAUCAAGCCAGACAAAAGCACUCAAGCAGAACCAAUGAAGCAGAACCAAAAGCACUCAAGCAGAACCAAUGAAGAGUGUGGCCCAAGGAGAGUCCUGAAGGCCAGAUGGAGUGGUCCACAGGGCCACAUCCAGCACCUGGGCCUGAGGUUCUCCACCCCUGAUGUAAAACCUGAAGUGGUACAAGUUACAGGUAGGUAGCCAUGUUGGUCUGCUGUAGUCAAAACAAAAUAAAAUAAUUCCUUCUAGUAGCACCUUAGAGACCAACUAAGUUUGUUAUUGGUAUGAGCUUUCGUGUGCAUGCACACUUCAGAUACCAAUAACAAACUUAGUUGGUCUCUAAGGUGCUACGGGACGCGGGUGGCGCUGUGGAUAAAACCUCAGUGCCUAGGACUUGCCGAUCGUAUGGUCGGUGGUUCGAAUCCCCGCGGCGGGGUGAGCUCCCGUCUUUCGGUCCCAGCUCCUGUCCACCUAGCAGUUCGAAAGCACACUUAAGUGCAAGUAGAUAAAUAGGUACCGCUUUAUAGCGGGAAGGUAAACGGCGUUUCCGUGUGCUGCACUGGUGCUGGCUCGCCAGAGCAGCUUCGUCACGCUGGCCACGUGACCCGGAAGUGUCUCCGGACAGCGCUGGCCCCCGGCCUCUUAAGUGAGAUGGGCGCACAACUCUAGAGUCGGACACGACUGGCCCGUACGGGCAGGGGUACCUUUACCUUUACCUUAAGGUGCUACUGGAAGGAAUUUUUUUAUUCUGAAGUGGUACAGCUUUGCUGUUAAAUUCUGCCAAAUGCAUACACUUGGCUUCCUGAUGACAACCCACAGUGACCUGGCUGCAGAACUGGGUAGUAAAGCUUUGGGAGAUGUCUUCAUGUACCCUAAAAUAUUAUUUUUGAACAGUGUGUUUUCCUCCCCUUUUCAAUUUAGAUCUCAACAAGCUCAUCAGCCACAGACUGCAAGGUAGAUUUCUUAUACAUAACCCUAUAUGUGUAUUCUAAUUUCUUGUUGUCUCUGUUUUAAAGGGGUUCUAGGGUGGAGCUUGUACUUUAUAGCAUUGAACACCACCCCAAUCUCUGAGCAGUGCAAGAUUCCAGGGAUUCCAGGCCUUUAUCCAGGGUUCAGUUUCCUCAGAAUGAGGGACAGCACAGACUGUGGUGUUCUCUAUGAUAUAUGCUUUAUAUAAAACCAUGGAGGAGAUCACAGCAUUAACACCCUAAGAGGGUCUUAGGAGGGUCUCUAGUAUUGUAGAGUUAGAAGGGACCCAACCCCCUGCAAUGCAGGAAUCUCAUCUAAAGCAUCCGUACAGAUGGCCAUCCAACCUUUGCUUAAAAACCUCCAAGGAAGGAGAGUCCACAACCUCCUGAGGGAGACCGUUCUACAGUCGAACAGCUGUUGCUAUCAGAAAGUUCUUCCUGAUGUUCAGUAGUAAUCUCCUUUCUUGUAACUUGAAUCUAUUGCACCUCGUGCCAUCCUGCCCAAGAUGGAUUCCAGUCUUCCUUCUUCCCAGAACACCCUGCUAAAAACUCUCUUUUCCUGUCUCCUCACACCUGUUCCCUGGCAAUCUUCCAAAUCCUUUUCUCUGGUGGGAAGGUGGAGAGAAGGUGGGAAGGUUUCUUGUCUUGUCAAUGGCUCUCAAUGACCCUGAAUUGUUUCUUAAUGGACCUAGCUUGGCAUAGGCUAGCUUAGGAAUUCCUAUGCAGCUUGUUUUUCUCAACAUCCCAAAUAAUGAAAAUCCUACCAUUCAUUAAUUUCUAGGGUUUAGGCCCUUCCCCACAAAAAUCUAUAACAUAGUAACAGCAGCAGUAGUAACAAGAAGCAGGUACAGCAACUGAAGCAGUAUAUUUGAUGUAUAUUCCUGGUAAUUCUCUGCUCUGUUUUUUAUGCUCUGCACCACAGUGUAUAGGUAAGGACAGCAGAAGCCCUGGCUUGCCAAAAGGUUACAGAAGUUCCUGUUCUUCUCUCCAUGAAGUACAAUGCAUGAAAAUAUUUUAAUUAGAAUCUUUCUUUCUGCUGUGAAUGUGACUGCUGCUUGCUUCUGUUUGUUUCUACGAUAAAGUGUAUUUGUUCUAAAAAAA